AUGAUUUAUUUUCUGAAUAAUAAAAAAAAUAGUUGCACAAAAUACCUCAUUUACCUGUAUCACAAAAUAUACACUCUAGUAAGUCCUUUUAUCCACCCUCAAAUAUUAUUCCAUGCGACAGCAAGUGCAUCACCUCAGGAUGAUGACGAUUCCUUGGACACCGAUGGCUUCCGAGAGGACGAAUGCUUACUAGAAACCCCCACUCCUGGAGAAGAUGAUCCCGCUUCUCAAGAAUACUCUUCCUAUAUGAUUAGAGAUAUAGACAACCAAGACGUAACCGCUUACGACAACAUUUGCCAGUACUACCAACACCAAGCGAGGCUCUUCGCCGGGCAUCGCAAGCGACUCGCUUCUACCGAAGAUCUAGAUGCGGAUGUGAUAGAAUCUACCUCCAAUAUACUGCCUUCCAACGUACUUACUAGUGAUUUACCGGGAAUUGAUAAAAUAGAUUUAAAUAAAAUAAAGUCCGGUGAUGUAAUAUAUACGUCACCGGAAGAAAAAGGUGCUAAGGAUUCAAAGAGGCCGGAAGAUUGGGAGAGAAAGGAACGAAAGACUGUUGAAAGACUGCAAGGUGGUGCCGGUAAGGAAAAGGUACCACCAUCCGAAGAAAAGAUAACGCUUAAAGUAACUCCAGAGAAAAAAGUUAGCGUGACUUAUUCGCACGAUAGUACAACUAAAAAAUUGUCAUCAGAUAACAUCGAACAAGCCGUAGUUGGCGUUGUACAAAAAACUAAUACCGAAUUAACUUACCCACAACAAAACAUAACUAAAUCACCAGAUGAAGAUACCGCUCCCAUUGACAUUAAACAAAACGACAAAGAAAAACCGCAACAAGUAAAUCGAAGUACAUCUCCUUUGACUAACAAAGAAAUAUCUCCUUCACCGGAAGGUUCACCUCCGACUGUAACCGACUUAUCGAAACCUACCUUAGAACUUAUUAUUGGUCGCAAAGAGGUCCGCACUAAGGAAGCGUUGGCAACUGCUGAAAGCAGGCUUACCUUGUACGGGACUAAAGACGUCGAAAUAUCCAUCAAAUCCCAAUCACACAUCUCUGUUACGACAACUAAAAGGGACAACUCUGGUAUGGAGACAUCGGAAAAGUUCGAUGUCGGUAUGUGUACCACAGCUGGUACCGAGAAACUGUCUCCUGAAGACAUUCAUACAGCCUUUGUAGACAAACACGAAUCGUACAUUAUACCACCCGUGUCCGAGAUCCCUCAUAAGAAGAAAGAAGAAUCGGUCAAUUUCAGUGGAAGGAAACAUAUUUAUACUUAUCACGAAACAGACCAUCCAUCAUCGCCAGCGCACUCGCCUGUGAGUUACAGCGAAUCGCAUCACGUAACAGAUACAGGCAUCUCAAUCACUAGAGGUAACACAGCAACCUUAUCCAGUCCUGCAGACCGUCCAUUAGGUACCUUAGUACAAACAACCGGCUUCAUUUCUGAUACCGCACAUGGUGAAACAGAGGAAUUCGAAUGUACUGAUGCUGGACUGAGUCCUAUUCAAGCUGACGAAUUUCCACCGCAUGAUUUCGAAGAUGAGGUUAACCCAUUUACCGACACAGGUACUAGUCCUAUCGAAUUCCCAGAGUCUACUUCGGUGCCAAUUUCUCAAGUCGACACUUCUGAAGCUGGUACCAUUACCGAUCAAAUCGAUACUAAAGACUCCACUUGUAGCCCAAUAAUUCCGGAGGAAACCCUACCAAUAUCGGUUGCUGAUAUAAUAAAAGACGAGGAGAUUCUAGCUAUACGUAGGGGAUCUGGUGAUGUUAGGGCUAAAAUUAAAAUGUUAGAAGAGCAUGCUAGCAAAUCGCCGCAAAAGAAAUAUGAGAAAAAACAACGUGACCUGGUUGACUCUGAAGAUGAAAUGUCGAGUAUGAAAGAAGAAGAAAUAUAUAAGGGGUCGACCGAAACUUUGGCCAAUCUCGAUGAUGAAGAAUAUAAACUGGAAACGAUUACCGAACAAAUGGUUAAAGAAAAAGUCGAAGAAAAGUCUGUUGUUAAAGAAACUAAAUCCAAAACAACCACCCCCGUUCAUACUAAGCACGUAGGAAAGAAAAUUGCCGAAUUACAGAAGAUAUUUUCAACUGAAACUGAACCUGAAGAAGAUACAUCUUAUAAAUCUCCAGUCAAAAUAAAAUCCAAGGAUAAAACUGAAAAAUUAUUAACGAAGCCAUUCGUUGAAACAGGAAACAUUUUAUCUGAUGCGACAAAACUUGAAGAAGAAACAGCAAAAGUGGAUAUUUCUCAAAUUGAGAAAGGUGACGAAGAAAUAGAGGAAAUCUAUAACAAAUCAGUAAAAGACAAGAAAUCAAUGUUCGAAGAAUUGAUUUCAAAAUCUCAAGAAUCCACACCGAAGAAGAUCCACAGAGAGAUAUCGGAAGAUAAAGUUAAAUCACUUCUCGAAGAAAAUAUAGAGAAGCAGGUCCAGAAAGAAGUGUAUGCACCUUUACCUCCAGAGAAAGGCGCAGGUGUCUGCACAAAGGCGGAAAAAGAAUUCACUGAGGCUGAACUCAACGAAUGCUUAACUGCAAUUGAAGAAGACGUAAUCACAGAACAGAAAAAGAACAUUCGUGCAAUCAUUAAUUCUAUUGAAGAAAGAAAUAAAAUAUUAGAUGGAACCUGUGUAGAGCCAGUGUGUGUUAAGGUUCAUGUUGAGCCACGUACUCCAAGAUCAGUCUCGCCAUACCAAGAAGUAGUAGAAGAAGAGGAGCUCAAAAUUGAGCAAAUAUGUGCAACUGAAUUACCAAUUGAACAGCUUAAAGAUGUAUCUUCGGGUUUAGCUAAGAUGUUUGAUGAUCAUACUAAAAUUAUUGAACACAUUAGUGGAAAAGGCUUGGAUGUAUGUGAGGAACCGUGUAUCAAAAAAGGAAUAUGUAAACUAGAAGAAACCGAUGAAUAUAAAGAAACCGCAGUCAAAGAAAAAGAGAAAGUAAAAAGUGUCACUGCAGAAUUAUCUAAAAUGUUUGAUAAUCAGGUUAAAAUUAUUGAACAACUUAGCGAAACGAGCUUAGAUGUAUGCGAAGAACCAUGUGUUAAAAAGGAAAUUUGCAAACUGGAAGACGACAAGAAAGAUCCGCAAGAGAAAGUUUCAGACACAACCCAUAAAGAAACAAGCGAUAAACAAUACGAUAUAAGUGAAGAAACAUUUGCGAAAAAAGUUUCCGUAUUUGAAAAGCAGAAAAUAUCCGAAGACCCAGUAAAGAUACCUAAACCGAGCUUGGAAAACAAACAACUUUCUCCUCCUACAACUGUAGCCUCCGAAAAAACCUCUCCGAAACAACUAGACCUAAAAGAUAUCGAUAUAGUCCAUGUUCCGACCACUCAACAAGAGAUACGGCAAAUGAUGUCAGAGGUUUUGGAGGCAUCCAAACAAAUUCGUCAAGAAGUGAAAGAACUAAAACCAGAUUUAACCCCGACACCGGAAGGGCAGUUAAUAACGAUGUCGCCUGUUUCGGAUCUGCCAGGCUUGACAAAAGCUGAAAAGGAAUUGGAAAAUAUCAAAUGGUCGACUAGAAGUUCAUUCGAUAAGAAAAAAUUAUCGACUACAGAACAAGAAAUCAUAGAAGGAACCCCAGAGAUUACAAUAGAAAGUAAAGUUCAAAUCAAACAAUUGCGAAGUGUCCAAGAAAUAAAAUCAAAAGAGACACUUUCUCAAAAAACUGUAACGAUUGAAAAACGUGUUAAAGGAUAUGAGACAACAAAAACAUUAAUGGAAGAAGAAACAUGUCAAGAAACUGUUUCACCAACGUUCGAAGAUAAAGAUCAAGAUGAUGAAAAAACCAAAUUAGGUAUUAAACAACAUUCAGCAGAAAUUUUCAGAACGUUGGUAGAGACUAUUUCCACAGAAACACUAACAAACGAACAAUCUAAGAUAAGAUCCACAACAUUUGCCAAGCAAACAGCCACCACUGAAGAUAAUAACAUUGAACAAAGUGAGCUUACUGACCACAUACUUGCAGCAAGUGAAAAUAUUCUACAUUCUAGUAAAAUAGAUGGAGAUGAAGUAACGGAAAGUACCCUUAUACAAACUAGUACAAAUUUAAAAGAAAGCAGUGAAAGUAGUUAUAGGUCUAGAGAUACAUCAAAAAUAACAAAUAUAACAGAACAACGAACAAUAAUGCUUGAACAUUCAUCAGAACGCGUAGCUACAACUGAUUCUCAAACAUAUUUAGAACAACAAGAAAAGAAAGAUGAAUAUCAAUCGACUGCAUAUACAGAAAAAGUAAUAAUGAGAAAAGAUACUUCACUAUUGACUCAUAAAAGUCCAGACCAAUCAGAACACCAAGAUAUUUUAAUAAAAAAAUCUCCGAAAGAAAGUCCAAAAUCUCCAAUUAAACCACAAGAACUAGAAAUUUCUCAUAAUAUUCCAGCAAAACUUAAUAUUAAAUCGCCGAUUGAUAAAAACUACAUUACUCCUAAAUCUAAACUAGACGAACAUGAAAUAACUAGAAAACUUACAGACGACGAGGUUGUUCCUCAUAUUACGGAAGAUAAAAAAUCUUCUGAAGAAAGUCCAAAAUAUCAAAUUAAACCGCAAGAACUAGACAUUACUCCUAAAUCUAAAUCUAUACCAGACGAACAUAAAAUAACUAGAAAACCUACAGACGAAGAGGUUGUACCUCAUAUUACGGAAGAUAAAAAAUCUCCGAAAGAAAGUCCAAAAUCUCCAAUUAAACCACAAGAACUAGAAAUUUCUCAUGAUAUUCCAGAAAAACUUGAUAAUAAAUCGCCGAUUGACAAAAAAGACAUUACUCCUAAAUCUAAACCAGACGAACAUGAAAUAACUAGAAAACUCACAGACGAAGAGGUUGUUCCUCAUAUUACGGAAGAUAAAAAAUCUUCUGAAGAAAGUCCAAAAUCUCCAAUUAAGCCACAAGAACUAGACAUUUCUCAUGACAUUCCAGCUAAACUUGUUAUUAAAUCGCCGAUUGACAAAAAAGACAUUACUCCUAAAUCUAUACCAGACGAACAUAAAAUAACUAGUAAACCUACAGACGACGAAGAUAUUCCUCAUAUUACAGAUGAUAAAAAAUCUCCGAAAGAAAGUCCAAAAUCUCCAAUUAAACCACAAGAACUAGACAUUUCUCCUGACAUUCCAGCAAAACUUGAUAUUAAAUCGCCGAUUGACAAAAAAGACAUUACUCCUAAAUCUAAAUCUAUACCAGAUGAACAUAAAAUAACUAGUAAACCUACUGACGACGAGGUUGUUCCUCAUAUUACGGAAGAUAAAAAACCUCCGAAAGAAAGUACAAAAUCUCCAAUUAAACCACAAGAACUAGACGUUUCUCAUGACAUUCCAGCAAAACUUGAUAUUAAAUCGCCGAUUGACAAAAAAGACAUUACUACUAAAUAUAUACCAGACGAACAUAAAAUAACUAGUAAACCUACAGACGACGAGGUUGUUCCUCAUAUUACAGAUGAUAAAAAAUCUCCGAAAGAAAGUCGAAAAUCUCCAGUUAAACCACAAGAACUAGACAUUUCUCAUGACAUUCCAAAAAAACAUGAUAUUAAAUCUCCGGUAGAUAAGAAAGUCAUUACUCCUAUAUCUUCAGCUAAAGCAGACGAACAUGAACUAACUAAAAAACCUAUAGACGAUGAAGUAGUUCCACAUAUAACGGAAGAUAAAAAACCUCCGAAAGAAACUCCAAAAUCUCCAAUUAAACCACAAGAACUAGACAUUUCUCAUGGCAUUCCAGAAAAACAUGAUAUUAAAUCUCCGGUAGAUAAGAAAGUCAUUAGUCCUAUAUCUCCAGCUAAACCAGACGAAUAUGAAAUAACUGAAAAACCUAUAGACGACAAAGUAGUUCCACAUAUAACGGAAGAUAAAAAAUCUCCGAAAGAAAGUCCAAAAUCUCCAAUUAAACCAGAAGAACUAGACAUUUCUCAUGAUAUUCCAGCAAAACAUGAUAUUAAAUCGCCGAUUGACAAAAAAGACAUUACUCCUAAACCUAUACCAGACGAACAUAAAAUAACUAGUAAACCUACAGACGACGAGGUUGUUCCUCAUAUUACGGAAGAUAAAAAAUCUCCGAAAGAAAGUACAAAAUCUCCAAUUAAACCACAAGAACUAGACAUUUCUCAUGACAUUCCGGAAAAACAUGAUAUUAAAUCUCCGGUAGAUAAGAAAGUCAUUACUCCUAUAUCUCCAGCUAAACCAGACGAACUUAAAAUCAUUGAAAAACCUAUAGACGACAAAGUAGUACCACAUAUAACGGAAGAUAAAAAAUCUCCGAAAGAAAGUCCAAAAUCUCCAAUUAAACCAGAAGAACUAGACAUUUCUCAUGAUAUUCCAGCAAAACUUGAUAUUAAAUCGCCGAUUGACAAAAAAUACAUUACUCCUAAAUAUAUACCAGAAGAACAUAAAAUAACUAGUAAACCUACAGACGACGAGGUUGUUCCUCAUAUUACAGAUGAUAAAAAAUCUCCGAAAGAAAGUCGAAAAUCUCCAGUUAAACCACAAGAACUAGACAUUUCUCAUGACAUUCCAAAAAAACAUGAUAUUAAAUCUCCGGUAGAUAAGAAAGUCGUUACUCCUAUAUCUCCAGCUAAAGCAGACGAACAUGAAAUAACUAAAAAACCUAUAGACGAUGAAGUAGUUCCACAUAUAACGGAAGAUAAAAAACCUCCGAAAGAAACUCCAAAAUCUCCAAUUAAACCACAAGAACUAGACAUUUCUCAUGACAUUCCAAAAAAACAUGAUAUUAAAUCUCCGGUAGAUAAGAAAGUCGUUACUCCUAUAUCUCCAGCUAAACCAGACGAAUAUGAAAUAACUGAAAAACCUAUAGACGACAAAGUAGUUCCACAUAUAACGGAAGAUAAAAAAUCUCCGAAAGAAAGUCCAAAAUCUCCAAUUAAACCAGAAGAACUAGACAUUUCUCAUGAUAUUCCAGCAAAACAUGAUAUUAAAUCGCCGAUUGACAAAAAAGUCAUUACUCCUAAAUCUAUACCAGACGAACAUAAAAUAACCAGUAAACCUACAGACGACGAGGUGGUUCUCCAUAUUACGGAUAAUAAAAAACCUCCAAAAGAAAGUCCAAAAUCUCGAAUUAAACCACAAGAACUAGACGUUUCUCAUGAUAUUCCAGCAAAACUUGAUUUUAAAUCGAUUGACAAAAAAGACAUUACUCCUAAAUCUAUACCAGACGAACAUAAAAUAACUAGUAAACCUACAGACGACGAGGUUGUUCCUCAUAUUACGGAUGAUAAAAAAUCUCCGAAAGAAAGUCCAAAAUCUCCAAUUAAACCACAAGAACUAGACAUUUCUCAUGACAUUCCAGAAAAACAUGAUAAUAAAUCACCGGUAGAUAAGAAAGUCAUUAUUCCUUUAUCUCCAGCUAAACCAGACGAACAUGAAAUUACUAAAAAGCCUAUAGACGAUGAAGUAGUUCCACAUAUAACGGAAGAUAAAAAAUCUCCGAAGGAAAGUCCAAAAUCUUCAAUUAAACCACAAGAACUAGACAUUUCUCAUGACAUUCCAGAAAAACAUGAUAGUAAAUCUCCGGUAGAUAAGAAAGUCAUUACUCCUAUAUCUCCAGCUAAACCAGACGAACAUGAGAUAAAUGAAAAACCUAUAGAAGACGAAGUAGUUCCACAUAUUACGGAAGAUAAAAAAUCUCCGAAAGAAAGUACAAAAUCUCCAAUUAAACCAGAAGAACUAGACAUUUCUCAUACUAUUCCAGCAAAACUUGAUAUUAAAUCGCCGAUUGACAAAAAAGACAUUACUCCUAAAUCUAAAUCUAUACCAGACGAACCUAAAAUAACUAGUAAACCUACUGACGACGAGGUUGUUCCUCAUAUUACAGAUGAAAAACCUCCGAAAGAAAGUCCAAAAUCUCCAAUUAAACCAGAAGAACUAGACAUUUCUUAUGACAUUAGAGCAAAAUAUGAUAUUAAAUCGCCGAUUGACAAAAAAGACAUUACUCCUAAAUCUAUACCAGACGAACAUAAAAUAACUAGUAAACCUACAGACGACGAGGUUGUCCCUCAUAUUACGGAUGAUAAAAAAUCUCCGAAAGAAAGUCCAAAAUCUCCAAUUAAACCACAAGAACUAGACAUUUCUCAUGACAUUCCAGCAAAACUUGAUAUUAAAUCGCCGAUUGACAAAAAAGACAUUACUCCUAAAUCUAAAUCUAUACCAGACGAACAUAAAAUAACUAGUAAACCUACUGACGACGAGGUUGUUCCUCAUAUUACGGAAGAUAAAAAACCUCCAAAAGAAAGUCCAAAAUCUCCAAUUAAACAACAAGAACUAGACGUUUCUCAUGACAUUCCAGCAAAACUUGAUAUUAAAUCGCCGAUUGACAAAAAAGACAUUACUCCCAAACCUACACCAGACGAACAUAAAAUAACUAGUAAACCUACAGACGACGAGGUUGUUCCUCAUAUUACGGACGAUAAAAAAUCUACUAAAGAAAUUCCAAAAUCUCCAAUUAAACCACAAGAACUAGACAUUUCUCAUUACAUUCCAGCAAAACUUGAUAUUAAAUCGCCGAUUGACAAAAAAGACUUUACUCCUAAAUUUAUACCAGACGAACAUAAAAUAACUAGUAAACCUACAGACGACGAGGUUGUUUCAGAUAUUACGGAUGAUAAAAAAUCUCCGAAAGAAAGUCCAAAAUCUCCAAUUAAACCACAAGAACUAGACAUUUCUCAUGACAUUCCAGAAAAACAUGAUAUUAAAUCUCCGUUAGAUAAGAAAGUCAUUACUCCUAUAUCUCCAGCUAAACCAGACGAACUUAAAACCAUUGAAAAACCUAUAGACGACAAAGUAGUACCACAUAUAACGGAAGAUAAAAAAUCUCCGAAAGAAAGUCCAAAAUCUCCAAUUAAACCAGAAGAACUAGACAUUUCUCAUGAUAUUCCAGCAAAACAUGAUAUUAAAUCGCCGAUUGACAAAAAAGACAUUACUCCUAAACCUAUACCAGACGAACAUAAAAUAACUAGUAAACCUACAGACGACGAGGUUGUUCCUCAUAUUACGGAAGAUAAAAAAUCUCCGAAAGAAAGUACAAAAUCUCCAAUUAAACCACAAGAACUAGACAUUUCUCAUGACAUUCCGGAAAAACAUGAUAUUAAAUCUCCGGUAGAUAAGAAAGUCAUUACUCCUAUAUCUCCAGCUAAACCAGACGAACUUAAAAUCAUUGAAAAACCUAUAGACGACAAAGUAGUACCACAUAUAACGGAAGAUAAAAAAUCUCCGAAAGAAAGUCCAAAAUCUCCAAUUAAACCAGAAGAACUAGACAUUUCUCAUGAUAUUCCAGCAAAACUUGAUAUUAAAUCGCCGAUUGACAAAAAAGACAUUACUCCUAAAUAUAUACCAGAAGAACAUAAAAUAACUAGUAAACCUACAGACGACGAGGUUGUUCCUCAUAUUACAGAUGCUAAAAAAUCUCCGAAAGAAAGUCGAAAAUCUCCAGUUAAACCACAAGAACUAGACAUUUCUCAUGACAUUCCAGCAAAACUUGAUAUUAAAUCGCCGAUUGACAAAAAAGACAUUACUCCUAAAUCUAAAUCUAUACCAGACGAACAUAAAAUAACUAGUAAACCUACUGACGACGAGGUUGUUCCUCAUAUUACAGAAGAUAAAAAACCUCCGAAAGAAAGUCCAAAAUCUCCAAUUAAACCACAAGAACUAGACGUUUCUCAUGACAUUCCAGCAAAACUUGAUAUUAAAUCGCCGAUUGACAAAAAAGACAUUACUUCUAAAUCUAUACCAGACGAACAUAAAAUAACUAGUAAACCUACUGACGACGAGGUUGUUCCUCAUAUUACGGAAGAUAAAAAACCUCCGAAAGAAAGUCCAAAAUCUCCAAUUAAACCACAAGAACUAGACGUUUCUCAUGACAUUCCAGCAAAACUUGAUAUUAAAUCGCCGAUUGACAAAAAAGACAUUACUCCCAAACCUACACCAGACGAACAUAAAAUAACUAGUAAACCUACAGACGACGAGGUUGUUCCUCAUAUUACGGACGAUAAAAAAUCUACUAAAGAAAUUCCAAAAUCUCCAAUUAAACCACAAGAACUAGACAUUUCUCAUUACAUUCCAGCAAAACUUGAUAUUAAAUCGCCGAUUGACAAAAAAGACUUUACUCCUAAAUUUAUACCAGACGAACAUAAAAUAACUAGUAAACCUACAGACGACGAGGUUGUUUCUCAUAUUACGGAUGAUAAAAAAUCCCAGAAAGAAAGUCCAAAAUCUCCAAUUAAACCACAAGAACUAGACAUUUCUCAUGACAUUCCAGAAAAACAUGAUAUUAAAUCUCCGGUAGAUAAGAAAGUCAUUUCUCCUAUAUCUCCAGCUAAACCAGACGAACAUGAGAUAAAUGAAAAACCUAUAGAAGACGAAGUAGUUCCACAUAUUACGGAAGAUAAAAAAUCUCCGAAAGAAAGUACAAAAUCUCCAAUUAAACCAGAAGAACUAGACAUUUCUCAUACUAUUCCAGCAAAACUUGAUAUUAAAUCGCCGAUUGACAAAAAAGACAUUACUCCUAAAUCUAAAUCUAUACCAGACGAACCUAAAAUAACUAGUAAACCUACUGACGACGAGGUUGUUCCUCAUAUUACAGAUGAAAAACCUCAGAAAGAAACAAAACAUGAUAUUAAAUCGCCGAUUGACAAAAAAGACAUUACUCCUAAAUCUAUACCAGACGAACAUAAAAUAACUAGUAAACCUACAGACGACGAGGUUGUCCCUCAUAUUACGGAUGAUAAAAAAUCUCCGAAAGAAAGUCCAAAAUCUCCAAUUAAACCACAAGAACUAGACAUUUCUCACGACAUUCCAGCAAAACUUGAUAUUAAAUCGCCGAUUGACAAAAAAGACAUUACUCCUAAAUCUAAAUCUAUACCAGACGAACAUAAAAUAACUAGUAAACCUACUGACGACGAGGUUGUUCCUCAUAUUACGGAAGAUAAAAAACCUCCGAAAGAAAGUCCAAAAUCUCCAAUUAAACCACAAGAACUAGACGUUUCUCAUGACAUUCCAGCAAAACUUGAUAUUAAAUCGCCGAUUGACAAAAAAGACAUUACUCCCAAACCUACACCAGACGAACAUAAAAUAACUAGUAAACCUACAGACGACGAGGUUGUUCCUCAUAUUACGGACGAUAAAAAAUCUACUAAAGAAAUUCCAAAAUCUCCAAUUGAACCACAAGAACUAGACAUUUCUCAUUACAUUCCAGCAAAACUUGAUAUUAAAUCGCCGAUUGACAAAAAAGACUUUACUCCUAAAUUUAUACCAGACGAACAUAAAAUAACUAGUAAACCUACAGACGACGAGGUUGUUUCAGAUAUUACGGAUGAUAAAAAAUCUCCGAAAGAAAGUCCAAAAUCUCCAAUUAAACCACAAGAACUAGACAUUUCUCAUGACAUUCCAGAAAAACAUGAUAUUAAAUCUCCGUUAGAUAAGAAAGUCAUUACUCCUAUAUCUCCAGCUAAACCAGACGAACUUAAAACCAUUGAAAAACUUAUAGACGACAAAGUAGUACCACAUAUAACGGAAGAUAAAAAAUCUCCGAAAGAAAGUCCAAAAUCUCCAAUUAAACCAGAAGAACUAGACAUUUCUCAUGAUAUUCCAGCAAAACAUGAUAUUAAAUCGCCGAUUGACACAAAAGACAUUACUCCUAAACCUAUACCAGACGAACAUAAAAUAACUAGUAAACCUACAGACGACGAGGUUGUUCCUCAUAUUACGGAAGAUAAAAAAUCUCCGAAAGAAAGUACAAAAUCUCCAAUUAAACCACAAGAACUAGACAUUUCUCAUGACAUUCCGAAAAAACAUGAUAUUAAAUCUCCGGUAGAUAAGAAAGUCAUUACUCCUAUAUCUCCAGCUAAACCAGACGAACUUAAAAUCAUUGAAAAACCUAUAGACGACAAAGUAGUACCACAUAUAACGGAAGAUAAAAAAUCUCCGAAAGAAAGUCCAAAAUCUCCAAUUAAACCAGAAGAACUAGACAUUUCUCAUGAUAUUCCAGCAAAACUUGAUAUUAAAUCGCCGAUUGACAAAAAAGACAUUACUCCUAAAUAUAUACCAGAAGAAUAUAAAAUAACUAGUAAACCUACAGACGACGAGGUUGUUCCUCAUAUUACAGAUGCUAAAAAAUCUCCGAAAGAAAGUCGAAAAUCUCCAGUUAAACCACAAGAACUAGACAUUUCUCAUGACAUUCCAGCAAAACUUGAUAUUAAAUCGCCGAUUGACAAAAAAGACAUUACUCCUAAAUCUAAAUCUAUACCAGACGAACAUAAAAUAACUAGUAAACCUACUGACGACGAGGUUGUUCCUCAUAUUACAGAAGAUAAAAAACCUCCGAAAGAAAGUCCAAAAUCUCCAAUUAAACCACAAGAACUAGACGUUUCUCAUGACAUUCCAGCAAAACUUGAUAUUAAAUCGCCGAUUGACAAAAAAGACAUUACUUCUAAAUCUAUACCAGACGAACAUAAAAUAACUAGUAAACCUACUGACGACGAGGUUGUUCCUCAUAUUACGGAAGAUAAAAAACCUCCGAAAGAAAGUCCAAAAUCUCCAAUUAAACCACAAGAACUAGACAUUUCUCAUGACAUUCCAGAAAAACAUGAUAUUAAAUCUCCGUUAGAUAAGAAAGACGAACAUAAAAUAACUAGUAAACCUACAGACGACGAGGUUGUUUCAGAUAUUACGGAUGAUAAAAAAUCUCCGAAAGAAAGUCCAAAAUCUCCAAUUAAACCACAAGAACUAGACAUUUCUCAUGACAUUCCAGAAAAAACACUGAUAUUAAAUCUCCAAAGUACAAAAUCUCCAAUUAAACCACAAGAACUAGACAUUUCUCAUGACAUUCCGGAAAAACAUGAUAUUAAAUCUCCGGUAGAUAAGAAAGUCAUUACUCCUAUAUCUCCAGCUAAACCAGACGAACUUAAAACCAUUGAAAAACCUAUAGACGACAAAGUAGUACCACAUAUAACGGAAGAUAAAAAAUCUCCGAAAGAAACAAAACAUGAUAUUAAAUCGCCGAUUGACAAAAAAGACAUUACUCCUAAACCUAUACCAGACGAACAUAAAAUAACUAGUAAACCUACAGACGACGAGGUUGUUCCUCAUAUUACGGAAGAUAAAAAAUCUCCGAAAGAAAGUACAAAAUCUCCAAUUAAACCACAAGAACUAGACAUUUCUCAUGACAUUCCGGAAAAACAUGAUAUUAAAUCUCCGGUAGAUAAGAAAGUCAUUACUCCUAUAUCUCCAGCUAAACCAGACGAACUUAAAAUCAUUGAAAAACCUAUAGACGACAAAGUAGUACCACAUAUAACGGAAGAUAAAAAAUCUCCGAGAAGAAAGAAGGAUAAAAAACCUCCGAAAGAAAGUCCAAAAUCUCCAAUUAAACCACAAGAACUAGACGUUUCUCAUGACAUUCCAGCAAAACUUGAUAUUAAAUCGCCGAUUGACAAAAAAGACAUUACUUCUAAAUCUAUACCAGACGAACAUAAAAUAACUAGUAAACCUACUGACGACGAGGUUGUUCCUCAUAUUACGGAAGAUAAAAAACCUCCGAAAGAAAGUCCAAAAUCUCCAAUUAAACCACAAGAACUAGGACCAAAACUUGAUAUUAAAUCGCCGAUUGACAAAAAAGACAUUACUUCUAAAUCUAUACCAGACGAACAUAAAAUAACUAGUAAACCUACUGACGACGAGGUUGUUCCUCAUAUUACGGAAGAUAAAAAACCUCCGAAAGAAAGUCCAAAAUCUCCAAUUAAACCACAAGAACUAGACAUUUCUCAUGACAUUCCAGAAAAACAUGAUAUUAAAUCUCCGUUAGAUAAGAAAGUCAUUACUCCUAUAUCUCCAGCUAAACCAGACCAACUUAAAACCAUUGAAAAACCUAUAGACGACAAAGUAGUACCACAUAUAACGGAAGAUAAAAAAUCUCCGAAAGAAAGUCCAAAAUCUCCAAUUAAACCAGAAGAACUAGACAUUUCUCAUGAUAUUCCAGCAAAACAUGAUAUUAAAUCGCCGAUUGACAAAAAAGACAUUACUCCUAAAUUUAUACCAGACGAACAUAAAAUAACUAGUAAACCUACAGACGACGAGGUUGUUUCAGAUAUUACGGAUGAUAAAAAAUCUCCGAAAGAAAGUCCAAAAUCUCCAAUUAAACCACAAGAACUAGACAUUUCUCAUGACAUUCCAGAAAAACAUGAUAUUAAAUCUCCGUUAGAUAAGAAAGUCAUUACUCCUAUAUCUCCAGCUAAACCAGACGAACUUAAAACCAUUGAAAAACCUAUAGACGACAAAGUAGUACCACAUAUAACGGAAGAUAAAAAAUCUCCGAAAGAAAGUCCAAAAUCUCCAAUUAAACCAGAAGAACUAGACAUUUCUCAUGAUAUUCCAGCAAAACAUGAUAUUAAAUCGCCGAUUGACAAAAAAGACAUUACUCCUAAACCUAUACCAGACGAACAUAAAAUAACUAGUAAACCUACAGACGACGAGGUUGUUCCUCAUAUUACGGAAGAUAAAAAAUCUCCGAAAGAAAGUACAAAAUCUCCAAUUAAACCACAAGAACUAGACAUUUCUCAUGACAUUCCGGAAAAACAUGAUAUUAAAUCUCCGGUAGAUAAGAAAGUCAUUACUCCUAUAUCUCCAGCUAAACCAGACGAACUUAAAAUCAUUGAAAAACCUAUAGACGACAAAGUAGUACCACAUAUAACGGAAGAUAAAAAAUCUCCGAAAGAAAGUCCAAAAUCUCCAAUUAAACCAGAAGAACUAGACAUUUCUCAUGAUAUUCCAGCAAAACUUGAUAUUAAAUCGCCGAUUGACAAAAAAGACAUUACUCCUAAAUAUAUACCAGAAGAACAUAAAAUAACUAGUAAACCUACAGACGACGAGGUUGUUCCUCUUAUAUCAGAUGCUAAAAAAUCUCCGAAAGAAAGUCGAAAAUCUCCAGUUAAACCACAAGAACUAGACAUUUCUCAUGACAUUCCAGCAAAACUUGAUAUUAAAUCGCCGAUUGACAAAAAAGACAUUACUCCUAAAUCUAAAUCUAUACCAGUCGAACAUAAAAUAACUAGUAAACCUACUGACGACGAGGUUGUUCCUCAUAUUACAGAAGAUAAAAAACCUCUGAAAGAAAGUCCAAAAUCUCCAAUUAAACCACAAGAACUAGACGUUUCUCAUGACAUUCCAGCAAAACUUGAUAUUAAAUCGCCGAUUGACAAAAAAGACAUUACUUCUAAAUCUAUACCAGACGAACAUAAAAUAACUAGUAAACCUACUGACGACGAGGUUGUUCCUCAUAUUACGGAAGAUAAAAAACCUCCGAAAGAAAGUCCAAAAUCUCCAAUUAAACCACAAGAACUAGACGUUUCUCAUGACAUUCCAGCAAAACUUGAUAUUAAAUCGCCGAUUGACAAAAAAGACUUUACUCCUAAAUUUAUACCAGACGAACAUAAAAUAACUAGUAAACCUACAGACGACGAGGUUGUUUCUCAUAUUACGGAUGAUAAAAAAUCCCAGAAAGAAAGUCCAAAAUCUCCAAUUAAACCACAAGAACUAGACAUUUCUCAUGACAUUCCAGAAAAACAUGAUAUUAAAUCUCCGGUAGAUAAGAAAGUCAUUUCUCCUAUAUCUCCAGCUAAACCAGACGAACAUGAGAUAAAUGAAAAACCUAUAGAAGACGAAGUAGUUCCACAUAUUACGGAAGAUAAAAAAUCUCCGAAAGAAAGUACAAAAUCUCCAAUUAAACCAGAAGAACUAGACAUUUCUCAUACUAUUCCAGCAAAACUUGAUAUUAAAUCGCCGAUUGACAAAAAAGACAUUACUCCUAAAUCUAAAUCUAUACCAGACGAACAUAAAAUAACUAGUAAACCUACUGACGACGAGGUUGUUCCUCAUAUUACAGAAGAUAAAAAACCUCCGAAAGAAAGUCCAAAAUCUCCAAUUAAACCACAAGAACUAGACGUUUCUCAUGACAUUCCAGCAAAACUUGAUAUUAAAUCGCCGAUUGACAAAAAAGACAUUACUUCUAAAUCUAUACCAGACGAACAUAAAAUAACUAGUAAACCUACUGACGACGAGGUUGUUCCUCAUAUUACGGAAGAUAAAAAACCUCCGAAAGAAAGUCCAAAAUCUCCAAUUAAACCACAAGAACUAGACGUUUCUCAUGACAUUCCAGCAAAACUUGAUAUUAAAUCGCCGAUUGACAAAAAAGACAUUACUCCCAAACCUACACCAGACGAACAUAAAAUAACUAGUAAACCUACAGACGACGAGGUUGUUCCUCAUAUUACGGACGAUAAAAAAUCUACUAAAGAAAUUCCAAAAUCUCCAAUUAAACCACAAGAACUAGACAUUUCUCAUUACAUUCCAGCAAAACUUGAUAUUAAAUCGCCGAUUGACAAAAAAGACUUUACUCCUAAAUUUAUACCAGACGAACAUAAAAUAACUAGUAAACCUACUGACGACGAGGUUGUUCCUCAUAUUACAGAUGAAAAACCUCAGAAAGAAAGUCCAAAAUCUCCAAUUAAACCAGAAGAACUAGACAUUUCUUAUGACAUUCCAGCAAAACAUGAUAUUAAAUCGCCGAUUGACAAAAAAGACAUUACUCCUAAAUCUAUACCAGACGAACAUAAAAUAACUAGUAAACCUACAGACGACGAGGUUGUCCCUCAUAUUACGGAUGAUAAAAAAUCUCCGAAAGAAAGUCCAAAAUCUCCAAUUAAACCACAAGAACUAGACAUUUCUCACGACAUUCCAGCAAAACUUGAUAUUAAAUCGCCGAUUGACAAAAAAGACAUUACUCCUAAAUCUAAAUCUAUACCAGACGAACAUAAAAUAACUAGUAAACCUACUGACGACGAGGUUGUUUCAGAUAUUACGGAUGAUAAAAAAUCUCCGAAAGAAAGUCCAAAAUCUCCAAUUAAACCACAAGAACUAGACAUUUCUCAUGACAUUCCAGAAAAACAUGAUAUUAAAUCUCCGUUAGAUAAGAAAGUCAUUACUCCUAUAUCUCCAGCUAAACCAGACGAACUUAAAACCAUUGAAAAACCUAUAGACGACAAAGUAGUACCACAUAUAACGGAAGAUAAAAAAUCUCCGAAAGAAAGUCCAAAAUCUCCAAUUAAACCAGAAGAACUAGACAUUUCUCAUGAUAUUCCAGCAAAACAUGAUAUUAAAUCGCCGAUUGACAAAAAAGACAUUACUCCUAAACCUAUACCAGACGAACAUAAAAUAACUAGUAAACCUACAGACGACGAGGUUGUUCCUCAUAUUACGGAAGAUAAAAAAUCUCCGAAAGAAAGUACAAAAUCUCCAAUUAAACCACAAGAACUAGACAUUUCUCAUGACAUUCCGGAAAAACAUGAUAUUAAAUCUCCGGUAGAUAAGAAAGUCAUUACUCCUAUAUCUCCAGCUAAACCAGACGAACUUAAAAUCAUUGAAAAACCUAUAGACGACAAAGUAGUACCACAUAUAACGGAAGAUAAAAAAUCUCCGAAAGAAAGUCCAAAAUCUCCAAUUAAACCAGAAGAACUAGACAUUUCUCAUGAUAUUCCAGCAAAACUUGAUAUUAAAUCGCCGAUUGACAAAAAAGACAUUACUUCUAAAUCUAUACCAGACGAACAUAAAAUAACUAGUAAACCUACUGACGACGAGGUUGUUCCUCAUAUUACAGAAGAUAAAAAACCUCCGAAAGAAAGUCCAAAAUCUCCAAUUAAACCACAAGAACUAGACGUUUCUCAUGACAUUCCAGCAAAACUUGAUAUUAAAUCGCCGAUUGACAAAAAAGACAUUACUUCUAAAUCUAUACCAGACGAACAUAAAAUAACUAGUAAACCUACUGACGACGAGGUUGUUCCUCAUAUUACGGAAGAUAAAAAACCUCCGAAAGAAAGUCCAAAAUCUCCAAUUAAACCACAAGAACUAGACAUUUUUCAUGACAUUCCAGAAAAACAUGAUAUUAAAUCUCCGUUAGAUAAGAAAGUCAUUACUCCUAUAUCUCCAGCUAAACCAGACGAACUUAAAACCAUUGAAAAACCUAUAGACGACAAAGUAGUACCACAUAUAACGGAAGAUAAAAAAUCUCCGAAAGAAAGUCCAAAAUCUCCAAUUAAACCAGAAGAACUAGACAUUUCUCAUGAUAUUCCAGCAAAACAUGAUAUUAAAUCGCCGAUUGACAAAAAAGACAUUACUCCUAAAUUUAUACCAGACGAACAUAAAAUAACUAGUAAACCUACAGACGACGAGGUUGUUUCAGAUAUUACGGAUGAUAAAAAAUCUCCGAAAGAAAGUCCAAAAUCUCCAAUUAAACCACAAGAACUAGACAUUUCUCAUGACAUUCCAGAAAAACAUGAUAUUAAAUCUUCGUUAGAUAAGAAAGUCAUUACUCCUAUAUCUCCAGCUAAACCAGACGAACUUAAAACCAUUGAAAAACCUAUAGACGACAAAGUAGUACCACAUAUAACGGAAGAUAAAAAAUCUCCGAAAGAAAGUCCAAAAUCUCCAAUUAAACCAGAAGAACUAGACAUUUCUCAUGAUAUUCCAGCAAAACAUGAUAUUAAAUCGCCGAUUGACAAAAAAGACAUUACUCCUAAACCUAUACCAGACGAACAUAAAAUAACUAGUAAACCUACAGACGACGAGGUUGUUCCUCAUAUUACGGAAGAUAAAAAAUCUCCGAAAGAAAGUACAAAAUCUCCAAUUAAACCACAAGAACUAGACAUUUCUCAUGACAUUCCGGAAAAACAUGAUAUUAAAUCUCCGGUAGAUAAGAAAGUCAUUACUCCUAUAUCUCCAGCUAAACCAGACGAACUUAAAAUCAUUGAAAAACCUAUAGACGACAAAGUAGUACCACAUAUAACGGAAGAUAAAAAAUCUCCGAAAGAAAGUCCAAAAUCUCCAAUUAAACCAGAAGAACUAGACAUUUCUCAUGAUAUUCCAGCAAAACUUGAUAUUAAAUCGCCGAUUGACAAAAAAGACAUUACUCCUAAAUAUAUACCAGAAGAACAUAAAAUAACUAGUAAACCUACAGACGACGAGGUUGUUCCUCAUAUUACAGAUGCUAAAAAAUCUCCGAAAGAAAGUCGAAAAUCUCCAGUUAAACCACAAGAACUAGACAUUUCUCAUGACAUUCCAGCAAAACUUGAUAUUAAAUCGCCGAUUGACAAAAAAGACAUUACUCCUAAACCUAUACCAGACGAACAUAAAAUAACUAGUAAACCUACAGACGACGAGGUUGUUCCUCAUAUUACGGAAGAUAAAAAAUCUCCGAAAGAAAGUACAAAAUCUCCAAUUAAACCACAAGAACUAGACAUUUCUCAUGACAUUCCGGAAAAACAUGAUAUUAAAUCUCCGGUAGAUAAGAAAGUCAUUACUCCUAUAUCUCCAGCUAAACCAGACGAACUUAAAAUCAUUGAAAAACCUAUAGACGACAAAGUAGUACCACAUAUAACGGAAGAUAAAAAAUCUCCGAAAGAAAGUCCAAAAUCUCCAAUUAAACCAGAAGAACUAGACAUUUCUCAUGAUAUUCCAGCAAAACUUGAUAUUAAAUCGCCGAUUGACAAAAAAGACAUUACUCCUAAAUAUAUACCAGAAGAACAUAAAAUAACUAGUAAACCUACAGACGACGAGGUUGUUCCUCAUAUUACAGAUGCUAAAAAAUCUCCGAAAGAAAGUCGAAAAUCUCCAGUUAAACCACAAGAACUAGACAUUUCUCAUGACAUUCCAGCAAAACUUGAUAUUAAAUCGCCGAUUGACAAAAAAGACAUUACUCCUAAAUCUAAAUCUAUACCAGUCGAACAUAAAAUAACUAGUAAACCUACUGACGACGAGGUUGUUCCUCAUAUUACAGAAGAUAAAAAACCUCUGAAAGAAAGUCCAAAAUCUCCAAUUAAACCACAAGAACUAGACGUUUCUCAUGACAUUCCAGCAAAACUUGAUAUUAAAUCGCCGAUUGACAAAAAAGACAUUACUUCUAAAUCUAUACCAGACGAACAUAAAAUAACUAGUAAACCUACUGACGACGAGGUUGUUCCUCAUAUUACGGAAGAUAAAAAACCUCCGAAAGAAAGUCCAAAAUCUCCAAUUAAACCACAUGAACUAGACGUUUCUCAUGACAUUCCAGCAAAACUUGAUAUUAAAUCGCCGAUUGACAAAAAAGACAUUACUCCCAAACCUACACCAGACGAACAUAAAAUAACUAGUAAACCUACAGACGACAAGGUUGUUCCUCAUAUUACGGACGAUAAAAAAUCUACUAAAGAAAUUCCAAAAUCUCCAAUUAAACCACAAGAACUAGACAUUUCUCAUUACAUUCCAGCAAAACUUGAUAUUAAAUCGCCGAUUGACAAAAAAGACUUUACUCCUAAAUUUAUACCAGACGAACAUAAAAUAACUAGUAAACCUACAGACGACGAGGUUGUUUCUCAUAUUACGGAUGAUAAAAAAUCCCAGAAAGAAAGUCCAAAAUCUCCAAUUAAACCACAAGAACUAGACAUUUCUCAUGACAUUCCAGAAAAACAUGAUAUUAAAUCUCCGGUAGAUAAGAAAGUCAUUUCUCCUAUAUCUCCAGCUAAACCAGACGAACAUGAGAUAAAUGAAAAACCUAUAGAAGACGAAGUAGUUCCACAUAUUACGGAAGAUAAAAAAUCUCCGAAAGAAAGUACAAAAUCUCCAAUUAAACCAGAAGAACUAGACAUUUCUCAUACUAUUCCAGCAAAACUUGAUAUUAAAUCGCCGAUUGACAAAAAAGACAUUACUCCUAAAUCUAAAUCUAUACCAGACGAACCUAAAAUAACUAGUAAACCUACUGACGACGAGGUUGUUCCUCAUAUUACAGAUGAAAAACCUCAGAAAGAAAGUCCAAAAUCUCCAAUUAAACCAGAAGAACUAGACAUUUCUUAUGACAUUCCAGCAAAACAUGAUAUUAAAUCGCCGAUUGACAAAAAAGACAUUACUCCUAAAUCUAUACCAGACGAACAUAAAAUAACUAGUAAACCUACAGACGACGAGGUUGUCCCUCAUAUUACGGAUGAUAAAAAAUUUUCGAAAGAAAGUCCAAAAUCUCCAAUUAAACCACAAGAACCAGACUUUUCUCACGACAUUCCAGCAAAACUUGAUAUUAAAUCGCCGAUUGACAAAAAAGACAUUACUCCUAAAUCUAAAUCUAUACCAGACGAACAUAAAAUAACUAGUAAACCUACUGACGACGAGGUUGUUCCUCAUAUUACGGAAGAUAAAAAACCUCCGAAAGAAAGUCCAAAAUCUCCAAUUAAACCACAAGAACUAGACGUUUCUCAUGACAUUCCAGCAAAACUUGAUAUUAAAUCGCCGAUUGACAAAAAAGACAUUACUCCCAAACCUACACCAGACGAACAUAAAAUAACUAGUAAACCUACAGACGACGAGGUUGUUCCUCAUAUUACGGACGAUAAAAAAUCUACUAAAGAAAUUCCAAAAUCUCCAAUUAAACCACAAGAACUAGACAUUUCUCAUUACAUUCCAGCAAAACUUGAUAUUAAAUCGCCGAUUGACAAAAAAGACUUUACUCCUAAAUUUAUACCAGACGAACAUAAAAUAACUAGUAAACCUACAGACGACGAGGUUGUUUCUCAUAUUACGGAUGAUAAAAAAUCCCAGAAAGAAAGUCCAAAAUCUCCAAUUAAACCACAAGAACUAGACAUUUCUUAUGACAUUCCAGAAAAACAUGAUAUUAAAUCUCCGGUAGAUAAGAAAGUCAUUUCUCCUAUAUCUCCAGCUAAACCAGACGAACAUGAGAUAAAUGAAAAACCUAUAGAAGACGAAGUAGUUCCACAUAUUACGGAAGAUAAAAAAUCUCCGAAAGAAAGUACAAAAUCUCCAAUUAAACCAGAAGAACUAGACAUUUCUCAUACUAUUCCAGCAAAACUUGAUAUUAAAUCGCCGAUUGACAAAAAAGACAUUACUCCUAAAUCUAAAUCUAUACCAGACGAACCUAAAAUAACUAGUAAACCUACUGACGACGAGGUUGUUCCUCAUAUUACAGAUGAAAAACCUCAGAAAGAAAGUCCAAAAUCUCCAAUUAAACCAGAAGAACUAGACAUUUCUUAUGACAUUCCAGCAAAACAUGAUAUUAAAUCGCCGAUUGACAAAAAAGACAUUACUCCUAAAUCUAUACCAGACGAACAUAAAAUAACUAGUAAACCUACAGACGACGAGGUUGUCCCUCAUAUUACGGAUGAUAAAAAAUCUCCGAAAGAAACAAAACUUGAUAUUAAAUCGCCGAUUGACAAAAAAGACAUUACUCCCAAACCUACACCAGACGAACAUAAAAUAACUAGUAAACCUACAGACGACGAGGUUGUUCCUCAUAUUACGGACGAUAAAAAAUCUACUAAAGAAAUUCCAAAAUCUCCAAUUAAACCACAAGAACUAGACAUUUCUCAUUACAUUCCAGCAAAACUUGAUAUUAAAUCGCCGAUUGACAAAAAAGAUUUUACUCCUAAAUUUAUACCAGACGAACAUGAAGUAACUAGUAAACCUACAGACGACGAGGUUGUUUCAGAUAUUACGGAUGAUAAAAAAUCUCCGAAAGAAAGUCCAAAAUCUCCAAUUAAACCACAAGAACUAGACAUUUCUCAUGACAUUCCAGAAAAACAUGAUAUUAAAUCUCCGUUAGAUAAGAAAGUCAUUACUCCUAUAUCUCCAGCUAAACCAGACGAACUUAAAACCAUUGAAAAACCUAUAGACGACAAAGUAGUACCACAUAUAACGGAAGAUAAAAAAUCUCCGAAAGAAAGUCCAAAAUCUCCAAUUAAACCAGAAGAACUAGACAUUUCUCAUGAUAUUCCAGCAAAACUUGAUAUUAAAUCGCCGAUUGACAAAAAAGACAUUACUCCUAAAUAUAUACCAGAAGAAUAUAAAAUAACUAGUAAACCUACAGACGACGAGGUUGUUCCUCAUAUUACGGAAGAUAAAAAAUCUCCGAAAGAAAGUACAAAAUCUCCAAUUAAACCACAAGAACUAGACAUUUCUCAUGACAUUCCGGAAAAACAUGAUAUUAAAUCUCCGGUAGAUAAGAAAGUCAUUACUCCUAUAUCUCCAGCUAAACCAGACGAACUUAAAAUCAUUGAAAAACCUAUAGACGACAAAGUAGUACCACAUAUAACGGAAGAUAAAAAAUCUCCGAAAGAAAGUCCAAAAUCUCCAAUUAAACCAGAAGAACUAGACAUUUCUCAUGAUAUUCCAGCAAAACAUGAUAUUAAAUCGCCGAUUGACAAAAAAGACAUUACUCCUAAAUUUAUACCAGACGAACAUAAAAUAACUAGUAAACCUACAGACGACGAGGUUGUUUCAGAUAUUACGGAUGAUAAAAAAUCUCCGAAAGAAAGUCCAAAAUCUCCAAUUAAACCACAAGAACUAGACAUUUCUCAUGACAUUCCAGAAAAACAUGAUAUUAAAUCUCCGUUGGAUAAGAAAGUCAUUACUCCUACAUCUCCAGCUAAACCAGACGAACUUAAAACCAUUGAAAAACCUAUAGACGACAAAGUAGUACCACAUAUAACGGAAGAUAAAAAAUCUCCGAAAGAAAGUCCAAAAUCUCCAAUUAAACCAGAAGAACUAGACAUUUCUCAUGAUAUUCCAGCAAAACUUGAUAUUAAAUCGCCGAUUGACAAAAAAGACAUUACUCCUAAAUAUAUACCAGAAGAAUAUAAAAUAACUAGUAAACCUACAGACGACGAGGUUGUUCCUCAUAUUACAGAUGCUAAAAAAUCUCCGAAAGAAAGUCGAAAAUCUCCAGUCAAACCACAAGAACUAGACAUUUCUCAUGACAUUCCAGCAAAACUUGAUAUUAAAUCGCCGAUUGACAAAAAAGACAUUACUCCUAAAUCUAAAUCUAUACCAGACGAACAUAAAAUAACUAGUAAACCUACUGACGACGAGGUUGUUCCUCAUAUUACAGAAGAUAAAAAACCUCCGAAAGAAAGUCCAAAAUCUCCAAUUAAACCACAAAGAACUAGACACGAACAUAAAAUAACUAGUAAACCUACAGACGACGAGGUUGUUUCAGAUAUUACGGAUGAUAAAAAAUCUCCGAAAGAAAGUCCAAAAUCUCCAAUUAAACCACAAGAACUAGACAUUUCUCAUGACAUUCCAGAAAAACAUGAUAUUAAAUCUCCGUUGGAUAAGAAAGUCAUUACUCCUACAUCUCCAGCUAAACCAGACGAACUUAAAACCAUUGAAAAACCUAUAGACGACAAAGUAGUACCACAUAUAACGGAAGAUAAAAAAUCUCCGAAAGAAAGUCCAAAAUCUCCAAUUAAACCAGAAGAACUAGACAUUUCUCAUGAUAUUCCAGCAAAACUUGAUAUUAAAUCGCCGAUUGACAAAAAAGACAUUACUCCUAAAUAUAUACCAGAAGAACAUAAAAUAACUAGUAAACCUACAGACGACGAGGUUGUUCCUCAUAUUACGGAAGAUAAAAAAUCUCCGAAAGAAAGUACAAAAUCUCCAAUUAAACCACAAGAACUAGACAUUUCUCAUGACAUUCCGGAAAAACAUGAUAUUAAAUCUCCGGUAGAUAAGAAAGUCAUUACUCCUAUAUCUCCAGCUAAACCAGACGAACUUAAAACCAUUGAAAAACCUAUAGACGACAAAGUAGUACCACAUAUAACGGAAGAUAAAAAAUCUCCGAAAGAAAGUCCAAAAUCUCCAAUUAAACCAGAAGAACUAGACAUUUCUCAUGAUAUUCCAGCAAAACUUGAUAUUAAAUCGCCGAUUGACAAAAAAGACAUUACUCCUAAAUAUAUACCAGAAGAAUAUAAAAUAACUAGUAAACCUACAGACGACGAGGUUGUUCCUCAUAUAACAGAUGCUAAAAAAUCUCCGAAAGAAAGUCGAAAAUCUCCAGUCAAACCACAAGAACUAGACAUUUCUCAUGACAUUCCAGCAAAACUUGAUAUUAAAUCGCCGAUUGACAAAAAAGACAUUACUCCUAAAUCUAAAUCUAUACCAGACGAACAUAAAAUAACUAGUAAACCUACUGACGACGAGGUUGUUCCUCAUAUUACAGAAGAUAAAAAACCUCCGAAAGAAAGUCCAAAAUCUCCAAUUAAACCACAAGAACUAGACGUUUCUCAUGACAUUCCAGCAAAACUUGAUAUUAAAUCGCCGAUUGUCAAAAAAGACAUUACUUCUAAAUCUAUACCAGACGAACAUAAAAUAACUAGUAAACCUACUGACGACGAGGUUGUUCCUCAUAUUACGGAAGAUAAAAAACCUCCGAAAGAAAGUCCAAAAUCUCCAAUUAAACCACAAGAACUAGACAUUUCUCAUGACAUUCCAGAAAAACAUGAUAUUAAAUCUCCGUUAGAUAAGAAAGUCAUUACUCCUAUAUCUCCAGCUAAACCAGACGAACUUAAAACCAUUGAAAAACCUAUAGACGACAAAGUAGUACCACAUAUAACGGAAGAUAAAAAAUCUCCGAAAGAAAGUCCAAAAUCUCCAAUUAAACCAGAAGAACUAGACAUUUCUCAUGAUAUUCCAGCAAAACAUGAUAUUAAAUCGCCGAUUGACAAAAAAGACAUUACUCCUAAAUUUAUACCAGACGAACAUAAAAUAACUAGUAAACCUACAGACGACGAGGUUGUUUCAGAUAUUACGGAUGAUAAAAAAUCUCCGAAAGAAAGUCCAAAAUCUCCAAUUAAACCACAAGAACUAGACAUUUCUCAUGACAUUCCAGAAAAACAUGAUAUUAAAUCUCCGUUAGAUAAGAAAGUCAUUACUCCUAUAUCUCCAGCUAAACCAGACGAACUUAAAACCAUUGAAAAACCUAUAGACGACAAAGUAGUACCACAUAUAACGGAAGAUAAAAAAUCUCCGAAAGAAAGUCCAAAAUCUCCAAUUAAACCAGAAGAACUAGACAUUUCUCAUGAUAUUCCAGCAAAACAUGAUAUUAAAUCGCCGAUUGACAAAAAAGACAUUACUCCUAAACCUAUACCAGACGAACAUAAAAUAACUAGUAAACCUACAGACGACGAGGUUGUUCCUCAUAUUACGGAAGAUAAAAAAUCUCCGAAAGAAAGUACAAAAUCUCCAAUUAAACCACAAGAACUAGACAUUUCUCAUGACAUUCCGGAAAAACAUGAUAUUAAAUCUCCGGUAGAUAAGAAAGUCAUUACUCCUAUAUCUCCAGCUAAACCAGACGAACUUAAAAUCAUUGAAAAACCUAUAGACGACAAAGUAGUACCACAUAUAACGGAAGAUAAAAAAUCUCCGAAAGAAAGUCCAAAAUCUCCAAUUAAACCAGAAGAACUAGACAUUUCUCAUGAUAUUCCAGCAAAACUUGAUAUUAAAUCGCCGAUUGACAAAAAAGACAUUACUCCUAAAUAUAUACCAGAAGAACAUAAAAUAACUAGUAAACCUACAGACGACGAGGUUGUUCCUCAUAUUACAGAUGCUAAAAAAUCUCCGAAAGAAAGUCGAAAAUCUCCAGUUAAACCACAAGAACUAGACAUUUCUCAUGACAUUCCAGCAAAACUUGAUAUUAAAUCGCCGAUUGACAAAAAAGACAUUACUCCUAAAUCUAAAUCUAUACCAGACGAACAUAAAAUAACUAGUAAACCUACUGACGACGAGGUUGUUCCUCAUAUUACAGAAGAUAAAAAACCUCCGAAAGAAAGUCCAAAAUCUCCAAUUAAACCACAAGAACUAGACGUUUCUCAUGACAUUCCAGCAAAACUUGAUAUUAAAUCGCCGAUUGACAAAAAAGACAUUACUUCUAAAUCUAUACCAGACGAACAUAAAAUAACUAGUAAACCUACUGACGACGAGGUUGUUCCUCAUAUUACGGAAGAUAAAAAACCUCCGAAAGAAAGUCCAAAAUCUCCAAUUAAACCACAAGAACUAGACGUUUCUCAUGACAUUCCAGCAAAACUUGAUAUUAAAUCGCCGAUUGACAAAAAAGACAUUACUCCCAAACCUACACCAGACGAACAUAAAAUAACUAGUAAACCUACAGACGACAAGGUUGUUCCUCAUAUUACGGACGAUAAAAAAUCUACUAAAGAAAUUCCAAAAUCUCCAAUUAAACCACAAGAACUAGACAUUUCUCAUUACAUUCCAGCAAAACUUGAUAUUAAAUCGCCGAUUGACAAAAAAGACUUUACUCCUAAAUUUAUACCAGACGAACAUAAAAUAACUAAUAAACCUACAGACGACGAGGUUGUUUCUCAUAUUACGGAUGAUAAAAAAUCCCAGAAAGAAAGUCCAAAAUCUCCAAUUAAACCACAAGAACUAGACAUUUCUCAUGACAUUCCAGAAAAACAUGAUAUUAAAUCUCCGGUAGAUAAGAAAGUCAUUUCUCCUAUAUCUCCAGCUAAACCAGACGAACAUGAGAUAAAUGAAAAACCUAUAGAAGACGAAGUAGUUCCACAUAUUACGGAAGAUAAAAAAUCUCCGAAAGAAAGUACAAAAUCUCCAAUUAAACCAGAAGAACUAGACAUUUCUCAUACUAUUCCAGCAAAACUUGAUAUUAAAUCGCCGAUUGACAAAAAAGACAUUACUCCUAAAUCUAAAUCUAUACCAGACGAACCUAAAAUAACUAGUAAACCUACUGACGACGAGGUUGUUCCUCAUAUUACAGAUGAAAAACCUCAGAAAGAAAGUCCAAAAUCUCCAAUUAAACCAGAAGAACUAGACAUUUCUUAUGACAUUCCAGCAAAACAUGAUAUUAAAUCGCCGAUUGACAAAAAAGACAUUACUCCUAAAUCUAUACCAGACGAACAUAAAAUAACUAGUAAACCUACAGACGACGAGGUUGUCCCUCAUAUUACGGAUGAUAAAAAAUCUCCGAAAGAAAGUCCAAAAUCUCCAAUUAAACCACAAGAACUAGACAUUUCUCACGACAUUCCAGCAAAACUUGAUAUUAAAUCGCCGAUUGACAAAAAAGACAUUACUCCUAAAUCUAAAUCUAUACCAGACGAACAUAAAAUAACUAGUAAACCUACUGACGACGAGGUUGUUCCUCAUAUUACGGAAGAUAAAAAACCUCCGAAAGAAAGUCCAAAAUCUCCAAUUAAACCACAAGAACUAGACGUUUCUCAUGACAUUCCAGCAAAACUUGAUAUUAAAUCGCCGAUUGACAAAAAAGACAUUACUCCCAAACCUACACCAGACGAACAUAAAAUAACUAGUAAACCUACAGACGACGAGGUUGUUCCUCAUAUUACGGACGAUAAAAAAUCUACUAAAGAAAUUCCAAAAUCUCCAAUUAAACCACAAGAACUAGACAUUUCUCAUUACAUUCCAGCAAAACUUGAUAUUAAAUCGCCGAUUGACAAAAAAGACUUUACUCCUAAAUUUAUACCAGACGAACAUAAAAUAACUAGUAAACCUACAGACGACGAGGUUGUUUCAGAUAUUACGGAUGAUAAAAAAUCUCCGAAAGAAAGUCCAAAAUCUCCAAUUAAACCACAAGAACUAGACAUUUCUCAUGACAUUCCAGAAAAACAUGAUAUUAAAUCUCCGUUAGAUAAGAAAGUCAUUACUCCUAUAUCUCCAGCUAAACCAGACGAACUUAAAACCAUUGAAAAACCUAUAGACGACAAAGUAGUACCACAUAUAACGGAAGAUAAAAAAUCUCCGAAAGAAAGUCCAAAAUCUCCAAUUAAACCAGAAGAACUAGACAUUUCUCAUGAUAUUCCAGCAAAACAUGAUAUUAAAUCGCCGAUUGACAAAAAAGACAUUACUCCUAAACCUAUACCAGACGAACAUAAAAUAACUAGUAAACCUACAGACGACGAGGUUGUUCCUCAUAUUACGGAAGAUAAAAAAUCUCCGAAAGAAAGUACAAAAUCUCCAAUUAAACCACAAGAACUAGACAUUUCUCAUGACAUUCCGGAAAAACAUGAUAAUAAAUCUCCGGUAGAUAAGAAAGUCAUUACUCCUAUAUCUCCAGCUAAACCAGACGAACUUAAAAUCAUUGAAAAACCUAUAGACGACAAAGUAGUACCACAUAUAACGGAAGAUAAAAAAUCUCCGAAAGAAAGUCCAAAAUCUCCAAUUAAACCAGAAGAACUAGACAUUUCUCAUGAUAUUCCAGCAAAACUUGAUAUUAAAUCGCCGAUUGACAAAAAAGACAUUACUCCUAAAUAUAUACCAGAAGAAUAUAAAAUAACUAGUAAACCUACAGACGACGAGGUUGUUCCUCAUAUUACAGAUGCUAAAAAAUCUCCGAAAGAAAGUCGAAAAUCUCCAGUUAAACCACAAGAACUAGACAUUUCUCAUGACAUUCCAGCAAAACUUGAUAUUAAAUCGCCGAUUGACAAAAAAGACAUUACUCCUAAAUCUAAAUCUAUACCAGACGAACAUAAAAUAACUAGUAAACCUACUGACGACGAGGUUGUUCCUCAUAUUACAGAAGAUAAAAAACCUCCGAAAGAAAGUCCAAAAUCUCCAAUUAAACCACAAGAACUAGACGUUUCUCAUGACAUUCCAGCAAAACUUGAUAUUAAAUCGCCGAUUGACAAAAAAGACAUUACUUCUAAAUCUAUACCAGACGAACAUAAAAUAACUAGUAAACCUACUGGCGACGAGGUUGUUCCUCAUAUUACGGAAGAUAAAAAACCUCCGAAAGAAAGUCCAAAAUCUCCAAUUAAACAACAAGAACUAGACGUUUCUCAUGACAUUCCAGCAAAACUUGAUAUUAAAUCGCCGAUUGACAAAAAAGACUUUACUCCUAAAUUUAUACCAGACGAACAUAAAAUAACUAGUAAACCUACAGACGACGAGGUUGUUCCUCAUAUUACGGACGAUAAAAAAUCUCCGAAAGAAAGUCCAAAAUCUCCAAUUAAACCAGAAGAACUAGACAUUUCUCAUGAUAUUCCGGAAAAACAUGAUAUUAAAUCUCCGGUAGAUAAGAAAGUCAUUACUCCUAUAUCUCCAGCUAAACUAGACGAACUUAAAAUCAUUGAAAAACCUAUAGACGACAAAGUAGUACCACAUAUAACGGAAGAUAAAAAAUCUCCGAAAGAAAGUCCAAAAUCUCCAAUUAAACCAGAAGAACUAGACAUUUCUCAUGAUAUUCCAGCAAAACUUGAUAUUACUCCCAAACCUACACCAGACGAACAUAAAAUAACUAGUAAACCUACAGACGACGAGGUUGUUCCUCAUAUUACGGACGAUAAAAAAUCUACUAAAGAAAGUCCAAAAUCUCCAAUUAAACCACAAGAACUAGACAUUUCUCAUUACAUUCCAGCAAAACUUGAUAUUAAAUCGCCGAUUGACAAAAAAGACUUUACUCCUAAAUUUAUACCAGACGAACAUAAAAUAACUAGUAAACCUAGAGACGACGAGGUUGUUCCUCAUAUUACGGACGAUAAAAAAUCUCCGAAAGAAAGUCCAAAAUCUCCAAUUAAACCAGAAGAACUAGACAUUUCUCAUGAUAUUCCGGAAAAACAUGAUAUUAAAUCUCCGGUAGAUAAGAAAGUCAUUACUCCUAUAUCUCCAGCUAAACUAGACGAACUUAAAAUCAUUGAAAAACCUAUAGACGACAAAGUAGUACCACAUAUAACGGAAGAUAAAAUAUUUCCGAAAGAAAGUCCAAAAUCUCCAAUUAAACCAGAAGAACUAGACAUUUCUCAUGAUAUUCCAGCAAAACUUGAUAUUAAAUCGCCGAUUGACAAAAAAGACAUUACUCCCAAACCUACACCAGACGAACAUAAAAUAACUAGUAAACCUACAGACGACGAGGUUGUUCCUCAUAUUACGGACGAUAAAAAAUCUACUAAAGAAAGUCCAAAAUCUCCAAUUAAACCACAAGAACUAGACAUUUCUCAUUACAUUCCAGCAAAACUUGAUAUUAAAUCGCCGAUUGACAAAAAAGACUUUACUCCUAAAUUUAUACCAGACGAACAUAAAAUAACUAGUAAACCUACAGACGACGAGGUUGUUUCUCAUAUUACGGAUGAUAAAAAAUCUCCGAAAGAAAGUCCAAAAUCUCCAAUUAAACCACAAGAACUAGACAUUUCUCAUGACAUUCCAGAAAAACAUGAUAUUAAAUCUCCGGUAGAUAAGAAAGUCAUUACUCCUAUAUCUCCAGCUAAACCAGACGAACUUAAAACCAUUGAAAAACCUAUAGACGACAAAGUAGUACCACAUAUAACGGAAGAAAAAAAAUCUCCGAAAGAAAGUCCAAAAUCUCCAAUUAAACCAGAAGAACUAGACAUUUCUCAUAAUAUUCCAGCAAAACUUGAUAUUAAAUCGCCGAUUGACAAAAAAGACAUUACUCCUAAACCUAUACCAGACGAACAUAAAAUAACUAGUAAACCUACAGACGACGAGGUUGUUCCUCAUAUUACGGACGAUAAAAAAUCUACUAAAGAAAUUCCAAAAUCUCCAAUUAAACCACAAGAACUAGACAUUUCUCAUGACAUUCCAGAAAAACAUGAUAUUAAAUCUCCGGUAGAUAAGAAAGUCAUUACUCCUAUAUCUCCAGCUAAACCAGACGAACCUAAAACCAUUGAAAAACCUAUAGACGACAAAGUAGUACCACAUAUAACGGAAGAUAAAAAAUCUCCGAAAGAAAGUCCAAAAUCUCCAAUUAAACCAGAAGAACUAGACAUUUCUCAUGAUAUUCCACCAAAACAUAAUAUUAAAUCGCCGAUUGACAAAAAAGACAUUACUCCUAAACCUAUACCAGACGAACAUAAAAUAACUAGUAAACCUACAGACAACGAGGUUGUUCCUCAUAUUACGGACGAUAAAAAAUCUCCGAAAGAAAGUCCAAAAUCUCCAAUUAAACCAGAAGAACUAGACAUUUCUCAUGAUAUUCCAGAAAAACAUGAUAUUAAAUCGCCGAUUGACAAAAAAGACAUUACUCCUAAACCUAUACCAGACGAACAUAAAAUAACUAGUAAACCUACAGACGACGAGGUUGUUCCUCAUAUUACGGAAGAUAAAAAAUCUCCGAAAGAAAGUACAAAAUCUCCAAUUAAACCACAAGAACUAGACAUUUCUCAUGACAUUCCAGAAAAACAUGAUAUUAAAUCUCCGGUAGAUAAGAAAGUCAUUACUCCUAUAUCUCCAGCUAAACCAGACGAACUUAAAAUCAUUGAAAAACCUAUAGACGACAAAGUAGUACCACAUAUAACGGAAGAUACAAAAUCUCCGAAAGAAAGUCCACAAUCUUCAAUUAAACCACAAGAACUAGACAUUUCUCAUGACAUUUCAGAAAAACAUGAUAGUAAAUCUCCGGUAGAUAAAAAAGUCAUUACUACUAUAUCUCCAAGUAAACCAGACGAAAAUAAAAUAACUGAAAAACCUAUAGACGACAAAGUAGUUCCACAUAUAACGGAAGAUAAAAAAUCUCCGAAAGAAAGUCCAAAAUCUCCAAUUAAACCAGAAGAACUAGACAUUUCUCAUGAUAUUCCAGCAAAACAUGAUAUUAAAUCGCCGAUUGAGAAAAAAGACAUUACUCCUAAAUCUAAAUCUAUACCAGACGAACCUAAAAUAACUAGUAAACCUACAGACGACGAGGUUGUUCCUCAUAUUACGGACGAUAAAAAAUCUCCGAAAGAAAGUCCAAAAUCUCCAAUUAAACCAGAAGAACUAGACAUUUCUCAUGAUAUUCCGGAAAAACAUGAUAUUAAAUCUCCGGUAGAUAAGAAAGUCAUUACUCCUAUAUCUCCAGCUAAACUAGACGAACUUAAAAUCAUUGAAAAACCUAUAGACGACAAAGUAGUACCACAUAUAACGGAAGAUAAAAAAUCUCCGAAAGAAAGUCCAAAAUCUCCAAUUAAACCAGAAGAACUAGACAUUUCUCAUUACAUUCCAGCAAAACUUGAUAUUAAAUCGCCGAUUGACAAAAAAGACUUUACUCCUAAAUUUAUACCAGACGAACAUAAAAUAACUAGUAAACCUACAGACGACGAGGUUGUUCCUCAUAUUACGGACGAUAAAAAAUCUACUAAAGAAAAUCCAAAAUCUCCAAUUAAACCACAAGAACUAGACAUUUCUCAUUACAUUCCAGCAAAACUUGAUAUUAAAUCGCCGAUUGACAAAAAAGACUUUACUCCUAAAUUUAUACCAGACGAACAUAAAAUAACUAGUAAACCUACAGACGACGAGGUUGUUUCUCAUAUUACGGAUGAUAAAAAAUCUCCGAAAGAAAGUCCAAAAUCUCCAAUUAAACCACAUGAACUAGACAUUUCUCAUGACAUUCCAGAAAAACAUGAUUUUAAAUCUCCGGUAGAUAAGAAAGUCAUUACUCCUAUAUCUCCAGCUAAACCAGACGAACUUAAAACCAUUGAAAAACCUAUAGACGACAAAGUAGUACCACAUAUAACGGAAGAUAAAAAAUCUCCAAAAGAAAGUCCACAAUCUUCAAUUAAACCACAAGAACUAGACAUUUCUCAUUACAUUCCAGCAAAACUUGAUAUUAAAUCGCCGAUUGACAAAAAAGACAUUACUCCUAAACCUUUACCAGACGAACAUAAAAUAACUGGUAAACCUACAGACGACGAGGUUGUUCCUCAUAUUACGGUCGAUAAAAAAUCUCCGAAAGAAAGUCCAAAAUCUCCAUUUAAACCAGAAGAACUAGACAUUUCUCAUGACAUUCCAGAAAAACAUGAUAUUAAAUCGCCGAUUGACAAAAAAGACAUUACUCCUAAACCUAUACCAGACGAACAUAAAAUAACUAGUAAACCUACAGACAACGAGGACGAACAUAAAAUAACUAGUAAACCUACAGACGACGAGGUUGUUCCUCAUAUUACGGAAGAUAAAAAAUCUCCGAAAGAAAGUACAAAAUCUCCAAUUAAACCACAAGAACUAGACAUUUCUCAUGACAUUCCAGAAAAACAUGAUAUUAAAUCGCCGAUUGACAAAAAAGACAUUACUCCCAAACCUACAUCAGACGAACAUAAAAUAACUAGUAAACCUACAGACGACGAGGUUGUUCCUCAUAUUACGGACGAUAAAAAAUCUACUAAAGAAAGUCCAAAAUCUCCAAUUAAACCACAAGAAUUAGACAUUUCUCAUUACAUUCCAGCAAAACUUGAUAUUAAAUCGCCGAUUGACAAAAAAGACAUUACUCCUAAACCUAUACCAGACGAACAUAAAAUAACUAGUAAACCUACAGACGACGAGGUUGUUCCUCAUAUUACGGACGAUAAAAAAUCUCCGAAAGAAAGUCCAAAAUCUCCAAUUAAACCAGAAGAACUAGACAUUUCUCAUGAUAUUCCAGCAAAACAUGAUAUUAAAUCGCCGAUUGACAAAAAAUACAUUACUCCUAAACCUAUACCAGACGAACAUAAAAUAACUAGUAAACCUACAGACGACAAGGUUGUUCCUCAUAUUACGGAUGAUAAAAAAUCUACGAAAGAAAGUCCAAAAUCUCCAAUUAAACCACAAGAACUAGACAUUUCUCAUGACAUUCCAGAAAAACAUGAUAUUAAAUAUCCGGUAGAUAAAAAAGUCAUUACUCCUAUAUCUCCAGCUAAACCAGACGAACAUAAAAUCACUGAAAAAACUAUAGACGACAAAGUAGUUCCGCAUGUAACGGAAGAUAAAAAAUCUCCUCCGAAAGAAAGUCCAAAAUCUCCAAUUAAACCACAAGAACUAGAGAUUUAUCAUGACAUUCCAGAAAAACAUGAUAUUAAAUCUCCCGUAGAUAAGAAUGUCAUUACUCCUAUAUCUCCAUCUAAAUCAGACGAACAUAAAAUAACUGAAAAACCAAUAGACGACAAAGUAGUUCCACAUAUAGCGGAAGAUAAAAAAUCUCCGAAAGAAAGUCCAAAAUCUCCAAUUAAACCAGAAAAACCUGAUAGUAAAUCUCCGGUAGAUAAGAAAGUCAUUACUCCUAUAUCUCCAGCUAAAUCAGACGAACAUAAAAUAACUGAAAAACCUAUAGACGACAAAGUAGUUCCACAUAUAAUGAAAGAUAAAAAAUCUCCGCAAGAAAGUCCAAAAUCUCCAAUUAAAACAGAAGAACUAGACAUUAAUCAUGAUAUUCCAGCAAAACAUGAUAUUAAAUCGCCCAUUGACAAAAAAGACAUUACUCCUAAAUCUAAAUCUAUACCAGACGAACCUAAAAUAACUAGUAAACCUACUGACGACGAGGUUGUUCCUCAUAUUACGGACGAUAAAAAAUCUCCGAAAGAAAGUCCAAAAUCUCCAAUUAAAACAGAAGAACUAGACAUUUCUCAUGAUAUUCCAGCAAAACUUGAUAUUAAAUCGCCGAUUGACAAAAAAGACAUUACUCCUAAAUUUAUAUCAGACGAACAAAAAAUAACUAGUAAACCUACAGACGACAAGGUUGUUCCUCAGAUUACGGAUGUUAAAAAAUCUACGAAAGAAAGUCCAAAAUCUCCAAUUAAACCACAAGAACUAGACAUUUCUCAUGACAUUCCAGAAAAACAUGAUAUUAAAUAUCCGGUAGAUAAAAAAGUCAUUACUCCUAUAUCUCCAGCUAAACCAGACGAACAUAAAAUCACUGAAAAAACUAUAGACGACAAAGUAGUUCCGCAUGUAACGGAAGAUAAAAAAUCUCCGAAAGAAAGUCCAAAAUCUCCAAUUAAACCACAAGAACUAGAGAUUUAUCAUGACAUUCCAGAAAAACAUGAUAUUAAAUCUCCCGUAGAUAAGAAUGUCAUUACUCCUAUAUCUCCAUCUAAAUCAGACGAACAUAAAAUAACUGAAAAACCAAUAGACGACAAAGUAGUUCCACAUAUAGCGGAAGAUAAAAAAUCUCCGAAAGAAAGUCCAAAAUCUCCAAUUAAACCAGAAAAACCUGAUAGUAAAUCUCCGGUAGAUAAGAAAGUCAUUACUCCUAUAUCUCCAGCUAAAUCAGACGAACAUAAAAUAACUGAAAAACCUAUAGACGACAAAGUAGUUCCACAUAUAACGGAAGAUAAAAAAUCUCCGCAAGAAAGUCCAAAAUCUCCAAUUAAAACAGAAGAACUAGACAUUUCUCAUGAUAUUCCAGCAAAACUUGAUAUUAAAUCGAUGAUUGACAAAAAAGACAUUACUCCUAAAUUUAUAUCAGACGAACAAAAAAUAACUAGUAAACCUACAGACGACAAGGUUGUUCCUCAGAUUACGGAUGUUAAAAAAUCUACGAAAGAAAGUCCAAAAUCUCCAAUUAAACCACAAGAACUAGACAUUUCUCAUGACAUUCCAGAAAAACAUGAUAUUGAAUAUCCGGUAGAUAAAAAAGUCAUUACUCCUAUAUCUCCAGCUAAACCAGACGAACAUAAAAUCACUGAAAAAACUAUAGACGACAAAGUAGUUCCGCAUGUAACGGAAGAUAAAAAAUCUCCGAAUGAAAGUCCAAAAUCUCCAAUUAAACCACAAGAACUAGAGAUUUAUCAUGACAUUCCAGAAAAACAUGAUAAUAAAUCUCCCGUAGAUAAGAAUGUCAUUACUCCUAUAUCUCCAUCUAAAUCAGACGAACAUAAAAUAACUGAAAAACCAAUAGACGACAAAGUAGUUCCACAUAUAGCGGAAGAUAAAAAAUCUCCGAAAGAAAGUCCAAAAUCUCCAAUUAAACCAGAAAAACCUGAUAGUAAAUCUCCGGUAGAUAAGAAAGUCAUUACUCCUAUAUCUCCAGCUAAAUCAGACGAACAUAAAAUAACUGAAAAACCUAUAGACGACAAAGUAGUUCCACAUAUAACGGAAGAUAAAAAAUAUCCGCAAGAAAGUCCAAAAUCUCCAAUUAAAACAGAAGAACUAGACAUUUCUCAUGAUAUUCCAGCAAAACAUGAUAAUAAAUCGCCCAUUGACAAAAAUGACAUUACUCAUAAAUUUAUACCAGACGAACAUAAAAUAACUAGUAAAGCUACACACGACGAGGUUGUUCCACAUAUUACGGAUGAUAAAAAAUCUCCGAAAGAAAGUCCAAAAUCUCCAAUUGAACCACAAGAACUAGACAUUUCUCAUGACAUUCCAGAAAAACAUGAUAUUAAAUCUCCGGUAGAUAAGAAAGUCAUUAUUCCUUUAUCUCCAGCUAAACCAGACGAACAUAAAAUCAUUGAAAAACCUAUAGACGACAAAGUAGUACCACAUAUAACGGAAAAUAAAAAAUCUCCGAAAGAAAGUCCAAAAUCUCCAAUUAAACCUCAAGAACCAGACAUUUCUCAUGAUAUUCCAGCAAAACUUGAUAUUAAAUCGCCGAUUGACAAAAAAGACAUUACUCCUAAAUUUAUACCAGACGAACAUAAAAUAACUAGUAAACCUACAGACGACGAGGUUGUUCCUCAUAUUACGGAUGAUAAAAAAUCUCCUAAAGAAAGUCCAAAAUCUCCAAUUAAACCACAAGAACUAGACAUUUCUCAUGACAUUCCAGAAAAACAUGAUAUUAAACCGCCGAUUGACAAAAAAGACAUUACUCCUAAACCUAUACCAAUCGAACAUAAAAUAACUAGUAAACCUACAGAAGACGAGGUUGUUCCUCAUAUUACGGAAGAUAAAAAACCUCCGAAAAAAAGUCCAAAAUCUCCAAUUAAACCACAAGAACUAGACAUUUCUCAUGACAUUCCAGCAAAACUUCAUAUUAAAUCGCCGAUUGACAAAAAAGACAUUACUCCCAAACCUAUACCAGACGAACAUAAAAUAACUAGUAAACCUACAGACGACGAGGUUGUUCCUCAUAUUACGGACGAUAAAAAAGCUACUAAAGAAAGUCCAAAAUCUCCAAUUAAAUCACAAGAACUAGAGAUUUCUCAUGACAUUCCAGAAAAACAUGAUAUUAAAUCUCCGGUAGAUAAGAAAGUCAUUAUUCCUUUAUCUCCAGCUAAACCAGACGAACAUGUAAUAACUAAAAAACAUAUAGACGACAAAUUAGUUCCACGUAUAACGGAAGAUAAAAAAUAUCCGAAAGAAAGUACAAAAUCUCCAAUUAAACCAGAAGAACUAGACAUUUCUUAUAAUAUUCCAGCAAAACUUGAUAUUAAAUCGCCGAUUGACAAAAAAGACAUUACUCCUAAAUCUAAAUCUAUACCAGACGAACCUAAAAUAACUAGUAAACCUACUGACGACGAGGUUGUUCCUCAUAUUGCGGAAAAUGAAAAGCCUCCGAAAGAAAGUCCAAAAUAUCCAAUUAAACCAGAAGAACUAGACAUUUCUCAUGACAUUUCAGAAAAGCAUGAUAUUAAAUCUCCGGUAGAUAAGAAAGUCAUUACUCCUAUAUUUCCAGCUAAAUCAGACGAACAUAAAAUAACUAAAAAACCUAUAGACGACAAAGUAGUUCCACAUAUAACGGAAGAUAAGAAGUCUCCUAAAGAAAGUCCAAAAUCUCCAAUUAAACCACAAGAACUAGACAUUUCUCAUGAUAUUCCAGCAAAACAUGAUAUUAAAUCGCCGAUUGACAAAAAAGACAUUACUCCUAAACCUAUACCAGACGAACAUAAAAUAGCUAGUAAACCUACAGAAGACGAGGUUGUUCCUCAUAUUACGGACGAUAAAAAAUCUCCUAAAGAAAGUCCAAAAUCUCCUAAAGAAAGUCCAAAAUCUCCAAUUAAUCCACAAGAACUAGACAUUUCUCAUGACAUUCCAGAAAAACAUGAUAUUAAAUCUCCGGUAGAUAAGAAAGUCAUUAUUCCUUUAUCUCCAGCUAAACCAGACGAACAUGAAAUAACUAAAAAACCUAUAGACGAUGAAGUUGUUCCACAUAUAACGGAAGAUAAAAUAUCUCCGAAAGAAAGUCCAAAAUCUCCAAUUAAACCUCAAGAACCAGACAUUUCUCAUGAUGUUCCAGCAAAAAUUGAUAUUAAAUCGCCGAUUGACAAAAAAGACAUUACUCCUAAAUUUAUACCAGACGAACAUAAAAUAACUAGUAAACCUACAGACGACAAGGUUGUUCCUCAUAUUACGGAUGAUAAAAAAUCUCCUAAAGAAAGUCCAAAAUCUCCAAUUAAACCACAAGAACUAGACAUUUCUCAUGAUAUUCCAGCAAAACAUGAUAUUAAAUCGCCGAUUGACAAAAAAGACAUUACUCCUAAAUCUAAAUAUAUACCAGACGAACCUAAAAUAACCAGUAAACCUACUGACGACGAGGUUGUUCCUCAUAUUACGGAAGAUGAAAAACCUCCGAAAAAAAGCCCAAAAUCUCCAAUUAAACCACAAGAACUAGACAUUUCUCAUGACAUUCCAGCAAAAAUUGAUAUUAAAUCGCCGAUUGACAAAAAAGACAUUACUCCCAAACCUAUACCAGACGAACAUAAAAUAACUAGUAAACCUACAGACGACAAGGUUGUUCCUCAUAUUACGGACGAUAAAAAAUCUCCGAAAGAAAGUCCAAAAUCUCCAAUUAAACCACAAGAACAAGACAUUUCUCAUGACAUUCCAGAAAAACAUGAUAUUAAAUCUCCGGUAGAUAAGAAAGUCAUUAUUCCUUUAUCUCCAGCUAAACCAGACGAACAUGAAAUAACUAAAAAACCAUUAGACGAUGAAGUAGUUCCACAUAUUACGGAAGAUAAAAAAUAUCCGAAAGAAAGUCCAAAAUCUCCAAUUAAACCUCAAGAACUAGACAUUUCUCAUGAUAUUCCAGCAAAACUUGAUAUUAAUUCGCCGAUUGACAAAAAAGACAUUACUCCUAAAUCUAAACCAGAAAAACAUGAAAUAACUAGAAAACAUACAGACAACGAGGUUGUUCCUUAUAUUACGGAAGAUAAAAAAUCUCCGAAAGAAAGUCCAAAAUCUCCAAUUAAACCACAAGAACUAGACAUUUCUCAUGACAUUCCAGAAAAACAUGAUAUUAAAUCUCCGGUAGAUAAGAAAAUCAUUACUCCUAUAUCUCCACCUAAACCAGACGAACAUAAAAUCAUUGAAAAACCUAUAGACGACAAAGUAGUACCACAUAUUACGGAAGUUAAAAAAUCUCCUAAAGAAAGUCCAAAAUCUCCAAUUAAACCAGAAGAACUAGACAUUUCUCAUGAUAUUCCAGCAAAACAUGAUAUUAAAUCGCCAAUUGACAAAAAAGACAUUACUCCUAAAUCUAAAUAUAUACCAGACGAACCUAAAAUAACCAGUAAACCUACUGACGACGAGGUUGUUCCUCAUAUUACAGAAGAUAAAACACCUCCGAAAGAAAGCCCAAAAUCUUCAAUUAAACCACAAGGACUAGACAUUUCUCAUGACAUUCCAGCAAAACUUGAUAUUAAAUCGCCGAUUGACAAAAAAGACAUUACUCCUAAACCUAUACCAGACGAACAUAAAAUAACUAGUAAACCUACAGACGACGAGGUUGUUCCUCAUAUUACGGAAGAUAAAAAAUCUCCUAAAGAAAGUCCAAAAUCUCCAAUUAAACCACAAGAACUAGACAUUUCUCAUGAUAUUCCAGCAAAACAUGAUAUUAAAUCGCCGAUUGACAAAAAAGACAUUACUCCUAAAUCUAAAUAUAUACCAGACGAACCUAAAAUAACCAGUAAACCUACUGACGACGAGGUUGUUCCUCAUAUUACGGAAGAUGAAAAACCUCCGAAAAAAAGCCCAAAAUCUCCAAUUAAACCACAAGAACUAGACAUUUCUCAUGACAUUCCAGCAAAAAUUGAUAUUAAAUCGCCGAUUGACAAAAAAGACAUUACUCCCAAACCUAUACCAGACGAACAUAAAAUAACUAGUAAACCUACAGACGACAAGGUUGUUCCUCAUAUUACGGACGAUAAAAAAUCUCCGAAAGAAAGUCCAAAAUCUCCAAUUAAACCACAAGAACAAGACAUUUCUCAUGACAUUCCAGAAAAACAUGAUAUUAAAUCUCCGGUAGAUAAGAAAGUCAUUAUUCCUUUAUCUCCAGCUAAACCAGACGAACAUGAAAUAACUAAAAAACCAUUAGACGAUGAAGUAGUUCCACAUAUUACGGAAGAUAAAAAAUAUCCGAAAGAAAGUCCAAAAUCUCCAAUUAAACCUCAAGAACUAGACAUUUCUCAUGAUAUUCCAGCAAAACUUGAUAUUAAUUCGCCGGUUGACAAAAAAGACAUUACUCCUAAAUCUAAACCAGAAAAACAUGAAAUAACUAGAAAACAUACAGACAACGAGGUUGUUCCUUAUAUUACGGAAGAUAAAAAAUCUCCGAAAGAAAGUCCAAAAUCUCCAAUUAAACCACAAGAACUAGACAUUUCUCAUGACAUUCCAGAAAAACAUGAUAUUAAAUCUCCGGUAGAUAAGAAAAUCAUUACUCCUAUAUCUCCAGCUAAACCAGACGAACAUAAAAUCAUUGAAAAACCUAUAGACGACAAAGUAGUACCACAUAUAACGGAAGUUAAAAAAUCUCCUAAAGAAAGUCUAAAAUCUCCAAUUAAACCAGAAGAACUAGACAUUUCUCAUGAUAUUCCAGCAAAACAUGAUAUUAAAUCGCCGAUUGACAAAAAAGACAUUACUCCUAAACCUAUACCAGACGAACAUAAAAUAACUAGUAAACCUACAGACGACGAGGUUGUUCCUCAUAUUACGGAAGAUAAAAAAUCUCCUAAAGAAAGUCAAAAAUCUCCUAAAGAAAGUCCAAAAUCUCCAAUUAAACCACAAGAACUAGAAAUUUCUCAUGACAUUCCAGAAAAACAUGAUAUUAAAUCUCCGGUAGAUAAGAAAGUCAUUAUUCCUUUAUCUCCAGCUAAACCAGACGAACAUGAAAUAACUAAAAAACCUAUAGACGAUGAAGUUGUUCCACAUAUAACGGAAGAUAAAAUAUCUCCGAAAGAAAGUCCAAAAUCUCCAAUUAAACCUCAAGAACUAGACAUUUCUCAUGAUAUUCCAGCAAAACUUGAUAUUAUAUCGCCGAUUGACAACAAAGACAUUACUCCUAAAUCUAAACCAGACGAACGUGAAAUAACUAGAGAACAUACAGACAACGAGGUUGUUCCUUAUAUUACGGAAGAUAAAAAAUCUGAAGAAAUUCCAAAAUCUCCAUUUAAGCCGCAAGAACUAGACAUUUCUCAUGACAUUCCAGCAAAACUUGAUAUUAAAUCGCCGAUUGACAAAAAAGACAUUACUCAUAAAUUUAUACCAGACGAACAUAAAAUAACUAGUAAAGCUACACACGACGAGGUUGUUCCACAUAUUACGGAUGAUAAAAAAUCUCCGAAAGAAAGUCCAAAAUCUCCAAUUGAACCACAAGAACUAGACAUUUCUCAUGACAUUCCAGAAAAACAUGAUAUUAAAUCUCCGGUAGAUAAGAAAAUCAUUACUCCUAUAUCUCCAGCUAAACCAGACGAUCAUAAAAUCAUUGAAAAACCUAUAGACGACAAAGUAGUACCACAUAUAACGGAAAAUAAAAAAUCUCCGAAAGAAAGUCCAAAAUCUCCAAUUAAACCAGAAGAACUAGACAUUUCUCAUGAUAUUCCAGCAAAACAUGAUAUUAAAUCGCCAAUUGACAAAAAAGACAUUACUCCUAAAUCUAAAUAUAUACCAGACGAACCUAAAAUAACCAGUAAACCUACUGACGACGAGGUUGUUCCUCAUAUUACGGAAGAUAAAAAACCUCUGAAAGAAAGCCCAAAAUCUCCAAUUAAACUACAAGAACUAGACAUUUCUCAUGGCAUUCCAGCAAAACUUGAUAUUAAAUCUCCGGUAGAUAAGAAAGUCAUUAUUCCUUUAUCUCCAGCUAAACCAGACGAACAUGAAAUAACUAAAAAACCUAUAGACGAUGAAGUUGUUCCAGAUAUAACGGAAGAUAAAAAACCUCCUAAAGAAAGUCCAAAAUCUCCAAUUAAACCUCAAGAACUAGACAUUUCUCAUGACAUUCCAGAAAAACAUGAUAAUAAAUCUCCGGUAGAUAAGAAAGUCAUUAUUCCUUUAUCUCCAGCUAAACCAGACGAACAUGCAAUAACUAAAAAACUUAUAGACGAUGAAGUUGUUCCACAUAUAACGGAUGAUAAAAUAUCUCCGAUAGAAAGUCCAAAAUCUUCAAUUAAACCACAAGAACUAGACAUUUCUCAUGACAUUCCAGAAAAACAUGAUAUUAAAUCUCAUGUAGAUAAGAAUGUCAUUACUCCUAUAUCUACAGCUAAAUCAGACGAACAUAAAAUAACUAAAAAACCUAUAGACGACAAAGUAGUUCCACAUAUAACGGAAGAUAAAAAAUCUCCGAAAGAAAGUCCAAAAUCUCCAAUUAAACCUCAAGAACUAGACAUUUCUUAUAAUAUUCCAGCAAAACUUGAUAUUAAAUCGCCGAUUGACAAAAAAGACAUUAUUCCUAAAUCUAAACCCGACGAACAUGAAAUAACUAGAAAACAUACAGACAACGAGGUUGUUCCUCAUAUUACGGAAGAUAAAAAAUCUCGUAAAGAAAGUCCAAAAUCUCCUAAAGAAAGUCCAAAAUCUCCAAUUAAACCACAAGAACUAGACAUUUCUCAUGACAUGCCAGAAAAACAUGAUAUUAAAUCUCCGGUAGAUAAGAAAGUCAUUAUUCCUUUAUCUCCAGCUAAACCAGACGAACAUGAAAUAACUAAGAAACCUAUAGACGAUGAAGUAGUUCCACAUAUAACGGAAGAUAAAAAACAUCCGAAAGAAAGUCCAAAAUCUCCAAUUAAACCUCAAGAACUAGACAUUUCUCAUCAUAUUCCAGCAAAACUUGAUAUUAAAUCGCCGAUUGACAAAAAAGACAUUACUCCUAAAUUUAUAUCAGACGAACAAAAAAUAACUAGUAAACCUACAGACGACAAGGUUGUUCCUCAUAUUACGCAUGAUAAAAAAUUUACGAAAGAAAGUCCAAAAUCUCCAACUAAACCACAAGAACUAGACAUUUCUCAUGACAUUCCAGAAAAACAUGAUAUUAAAUAUCCGGUAGAUAAGAAAGUCAUUAUUCCUAUAUCUCCAGCUAAAUCAGACGAACAUAAAAUAACUGAAAAACCUAUAGACGACAAAGUAGUUCCACAUAUAACGGAAGAUAAAAAAUCUCCGAAAGAAAGUCCAAAAUCUCCAAUUAAAACAGAAGAACUAGACAUUUCUCAUGACAUUCCAGAAAAACAUGAUAUUAAAUCUCCGGUAGAUAAGAAAGUCAUUAUUCCUUUAUCUCCAGCUAUGGCAGACGAACAUGAAAUAACUAAAAAACCUAUAGACGAUGAAGUAGUUCCACAUAUAACGGAAGAUAAAAAAUCUCCGAAAGAAAGUCCAAAAUCUCGAAUUAAACCACAAGAACUCGAAAUUUCUCAUGAUAUUCCAGCAAAACUUGAUAAUAAAUCACCGAUUGACAAAAAAGACAUUACUCCUAAAUCUAAACCAGACGAACAUGAAAUAACUAAAAUACCUGUAGACGAUGAAGUAGUUCCACCUACAACGGAAGAUAAAAAAUCUCCGAAGGAAAGUCCAAAAUCUCCAAUUAAACCAGAAGAACUAGAAAUUUCUCUUGAUAUUCCAGCAAAACUUGAUAUUAAAUCGCCGAUUGAUAAAAAAGAUAUUACUCCUAAAUCUAAACCAGACGAACAUGAAAUUACUAAAAAACCUAUAGACAAUGAAGUAGUUCCACCUAUAAAGGAAGAUACAAAAUCUCUGAAAGAAAGUCCAAAAUCUCCAAUUAAAAUACUGGAACUAGAUAUUUGUCAUGACAUUCUAGAAAAUCAUGAAAUUAAAUCUCCUGUAGAUAAGAAAGUCAUUACUCCUAUAUCUCCAGCUAUACCAGACGAACAUGAAAUAACUAAAAAACUUAUAGACGACAAAGUAGUUCCACAUAUAACGGAUGAUAAAAAACCUCCGAAAGAAAGUCCAAAAUCUCCAAUUAAACCACAAGAACUAGACAUUUCUCAUGACAUUCCAGAAAAACAUGAUAUCAAAUCUCCGGUAGAUAAGAAAGUCAUUACUUCUAUAUCUCUAGCUAAAAGAGACGAACAUGAAAUAACUAGAAAACCUACUGACGACGAGAUUGUUCCUUAUAUUACGGAAGAUAAAAAAUAUCCGAAAGAAAGUCCAAAAUCUCCAAUUAAACGACAAGAACUAGAAAUUUCUAAUGAUAUUCCAGCAAAACUUGAUAUUAAAUCGCCGAUUGACAAAAAUGACAUUACUCUUAAAUCUAAACCAGACGAACAUGAAAUAACUGAAAAACCUAUAGACUUUGAAGUAGUUACACAUGUAAUUGAAGAUACAAAAUCUACGAAAGAAAGUCCAAAACCUCCAAUUAAACCACAAGAACUAGACAUUUCUCAUGAUAUUCCAGAAAAACUUUAUAUUAAAUCGCCGAUUAACAAAAAAGACAUUACCCCUAAAUCUAAAUCUAUACCAGACGAACAUAAAAUAACUAAUAAACCUGCAGACGACGAGGUUGUUCCUUAUAUUACGGAAGAUAAAAAAUCUCCAAAAGAAAGUCCAAAAUCUCCAAUUAAAUCACAACAACUUGACAUUUCUCAUGACACUCCAGAAAAACAUGAUAUUAAAUCUCCGGUAGAUAAGAAAGUCAUCACUCCUAUAUCUCCAGCUAAACCAGACGAACAUGAAUUAACUAAAAAACUUAUAGACCAUAAAGUAGUUCCACAUAUAACGGAAGAUAAAACGUCUUCGAGAGAAAGUACAAAAUCUCCAAUUAAACCACAAGAACUAGACAUUUCUCAUGAUAUUCCACAAAAACUUGAUAUUAAAUCGCCGAUUGACAAAAGGGACAUUACUCCUAAAUCUAAAUCUAUACCUGACGAACAUAAAAUAACUAGUAAACCUACUGACGACGUAGUUAUUCCUCAUAUUACGGAAGAUAAAAAGCCCCAGAAAGAAAGUCCAAAAUCUUCAAUUAAACCACAAGAACUAGACAUUUCUCAUGACAUACCAGAAAAACAUGAUAUUAAAUCUUCCAUACAUAAAUGGAAUAUUACUCUUAAAUCUCCAAGUAAGCAACAAGGACCAGUCAUUUAUCGUGACAUUCUAGGAAAACAUAAUAUCGAAUCACCGGUAGAUAAGAAAUAUAUUACUUCUAAAGCUUUUAGUAAACAACAAGAUUUGGACAUUGAUCAUUACAUUUCAGAUAUUGAACUUGCUGAGAAACCAGAGCUAAGCGAUAAAAUGCUGUAUACUAAAGAUGUAGGUAAAGUGUCUUUUGGCGAUGACAUAUUUCCCAGUACUUUGAGCCCUCUAUUAGUUGAAAUUUCCAAUGAUGAUCCAAAAACAAGAGUUCGCAGAGAUUUAGUUAAAUUAAGUGAAUAUCCAUCUCAAAAUGUAAGAGAUGAUGAUUUUUCUUCACAGCCCCAUUUUGAUGUAGAUCAUGAUUUAUAUUUGGAACAGCAAAUAUUGUUGGGAUCAACUAAAUCUUUGCAAUUGGUUUUAGAUAAAAGCGAUGUAUUUUCUUCAGCACAACACACUAGUAUAUCAGAUAGACGGAUCAUGGAAAGUGAAAGUAGGGAAAAGGUCAAACAUACUACUGACAUUUCCAGUACACAUAUUAGUACAUUUUCAAGACCAAGUGAUUCCAGGAAAUAUUCUGAGACAGACGUAGAACCACUCUCAUCAGAAACCGAUUCGUUUUACAAAACGGAUCAGCAAACUGUAUCAGGAAGCGAAUCACAUGUUUCAAUCAUUGAAAUGUCACAAACAACUGGCACACAAAAAUAUGACGUAUCGCAAUCUGAUAUAAUAAUGACUGACGAUAUAUUAGAAGUCACUGUUACAGCUUAUGAUCUACAUCACACUGCUUCCAAGAAAAAGCAACAGGUUGAGAGCGAACCAUCUAAAAAGAAGGUAUCAUCUAAACAAAUUCCUAAAUUAAAAGCAGCCAAAAUUAGACAUGAUCAAGAUGUCAGUUCUGAUGACGAAAAAAUUGUCCAUACCAAACCGUUGUCAAAAACUAAAGUUACCAAGAAAAGUUCCAAGCAAAAAAGUGAAGUCACAGCUUCUACUACCACUCCUUCGGUUACAAAAUCAGAGAAAAUUACCAGACAGAGAACUGAAUCGACAAGUUCUAGAACUGUUUCUAGCAGUUCACGAUCUGUUAAGAGUUCGUCUGUUUCAAGUUCGGUUUCUAGAGUAUCGAGUAGCGACAGCACUUCUAGAGAGACCAUCAAGCAAAAACCGGAUAAGAAAUUGGACUACUUGAAAAGAAAAACCGUGCCAUAUAAUCCCCCAGAAAUCACACACGUCGUCAAAAAAUAUGACAAAAGAGUCCAUGGAUAUAUGAUGUCUACUCUGUCGAGUAAUAUGAAGAAUAUUAAAAAGGAUAAACGUGAAAUAGACAAUUCUAACGAAAAAUUGAAACAAAAACUCAAAUUGGAAGAGCAAUCUAUUUCCAAAGAGGAAAGCAAAAUCGAAAUGGAGUCUAAACAUUCGUAUACAAAAGCAACUUUUUCUGCUAAGCAAAAAUCUAGAGAAGGCACUCCAACCAAAACAGUCAGAGAUAGUACUCCAACAAAAGCAGUUAGAGACGGUACGCCAACAAAGACUGCUAGAGAUAGAACUCCUACGAAAAUUAGUAAAAACGAGGAGAAAAAGGCAUCUUCAGUGCAUUUAACUCCUAAAAAGAAAUCUAGAAGAAAGACUAUUGAUUCUAAUAAAACAGUACAAGCAGAAAAGCUAAUCAUAAAGGAGGAUAUCACUAAGAUUUACAAAGGAGAAGUAUUUAGAAUAGACAGUCCCAAACCUAGUCCAUCCCCUACGAAACUUCGUCGUACAAUUGUCAGCGAACAUAUCAAAAAAUUGUCCCAUUCUACUGACAGACCGUCCUUUGAUAAAACCGUCCAGUUCGCAGACCGCGCGCGCAGUCAAAGUGUCAUUCCCACUACUUAUUACGAGCUAAUCGAAGAAGGUCGCAAGAGCGCGAGCCCAACCUCUCUUCCUGGCAGUCCUAUCAGAGUGAGAUCAGCAAACGGAUGUACGAAGCAACUCACAUCUGAAGUCUUCACUAGGACCCAAAAUUACACUGGGUCUAUAGAGGUUAUUUACAGACAGCCCUACGAGAAUAUACGAAAAGUAGCGUCUGCUUUGAAAAACGAGACAGAGAUGUCCCUAAUAGAUACUACCGAUUCUAGCUUAUCGGAAUCUGUCGCGUUACCUAGCUCACCAUCGGAUCACGAUGUCAGUUCUGAUGCCAACGGCCGAUUUAAGUCCUUAUCGCCUACUUCGCCUAAAGCUCGCCGCUCUCUUGAAUCCAUUCACGAAUCCUGCCAUAGAAUGUCCGACCUGAUCCUUUGCGCCGACAUUCGCGAAGACCGAAUGAUACAAGAAACCGAAUUACCCAGAAAGCUUGUUAUGUCCCAAUACGGAGAAUUGAAGCAAGAAUCUACCAAUAGAGAAUAUACUAUCCACAAAUCCGAAGAGCGACUGUCGCCUAUUCUAGAUGUCCAAGUGAUCUCGCCCUCUAGAAGGCAGUUUCAGUAUGAGUAUUUAGAAGGAAGUACUUCAAAAGGUAACACUUCCUCAGUGCUACCCGACUCUAAAGCGGUGUCAUCCCAGAGCAUGGCUUCUCGAAUAGACACAAGUAAAGAGCUAUCCCAUCCAAUUAUGGAUUCAACAUCGACGAUACCAAAAAUCGCAGUAACACAUGAUGACCAAAGCAUAGACGACAGCAACUAUUUCACGUUAACAGAAGCAUUAACCGACAUAGAAGAUUUAGACGACGAUGAAUACUCUAGACCUAAAACAGAAAUCAAAUCUAAACUCAGAAUAAAACUAAUCCACGACGACGCGUUGACAGAUCUCGAAGAUUUCGAAGCUUCGGAUGAAGAAGAUGAUAAAAGCGUUAAAGCUAUUAUACCACAUAGUGAACCAAUAAAUCUAGACGAUCUAGAUCUAGAAGGUGGUAUCUUUGAAGAGUCGUAUAAAACGCAAGUGAAAACACAGAAAGGUAAACGGAAAUUAAAAACCCAAAGUUCUACUUCCCAAAUCAAAAGUAAAGAAAUAGACUACAAGAUAUUCGAGAACUACACUGACGAGGAAAUUUUUGAUACAGACAACGAAGUAAUAAAAGACAUUAUCCGCGAAACUGACAUAGAUCUAGACUCCUACAAUGUGGAAAGCGUUAAUAUAUCCGAUAACGCAAACAAAAUAUCUAGAUCGCCAUCACCCUUACCCAAUUUCAAAAGUGAUUCUUUUCUAAACAAUCAACAAUUUUUGAGCGCUCUGUCUUUGUCGCCCAACAUAUCAGAUUUAACAGACGUCGAAGUGUUGCUCUCAGAUUCAGACAGCGAAAAAUCCUUCAAGAAAGCCAAACCGAAAAGAAGAAGACAUAGAGGAAACAGAAGAGCUUCCGUUACGGAUGUAGAAGAUUUGGACGUAUCAGAUGAUGAUUCUAGAUUUGCUUCUUACGUUAAACCUAAGAGAAAGUCGCAGUCUAAGAUUACCAUAAAGCAGCAUGUGUCACCCUAUGAUUCGGAUAACGAAGAUAAUUUUCGUAUACCUUUCCCUAUAUGUAAAAAAAUUGCCCAGAAGAAGCAGAAUAUCUUGAACAUACCGGAAUUUGAUACUAACUUUCCUACUGACAUUGAAGAUUUCGGUGAUAUAUCUGAAAAUAUACCUAUCCCCGAAGACUCUAAAGAAGAAGAUGCAGCGUUAGAGGAAAAACUAGACGAAAUGGCGAGUUACUAUAGCGAUGUAAAGGAGGCACACAGUUCAGUAAAAAAUAAGAAAGUUUGCAGAGCGCAAUCUUUUAAAAGUGACGAUACCAUCAACGAUGCUGAUACUGACAGUGACAUCUGUCAAACUGAAACUAGCGAUAAAGAAAAAAAGGAUGAAGAAGAAGAUAGCGUAAUUUACGAUAUUAAAUUUGAGACCACUCCAACUGUCGAAACAAAAAUUAAAUCUAAAUCAAACUUGCUAUUACAAGUAGUUAAAGAUGAAGAUCCGGUUACAGAUUGCGAGAAUGUGGAUAGCUCAGAUGAAGAAGUAUUUAAAACCAUUCCGAUAGCUUUAGCAGAACAUAUAGCGGCUGUUACGGAUGAGGAAGAUUUUGGAGAUGAUACUGAUGACAGCAAUAAUACACCGGAAAUAGAAUUGCCUCCACCAGUAAGAAAUUUGAUUAUCCUUAAGGAUAAUGAAGCAUUUCCAACUAUCCAAAUUCUUCCUUUAACUGACGAAUCACCAAUUCAAUCACCUGAAGAAUCCAUGAAUGUUGAAACUGAUGAAGAAAGUGUUUCUGAAGGGGAGGAGGCUGUAGAAGGCAUAAUGCCAAUUUCGAUAUCAGACUUUAACCUGCUAGACUGCGGAAUCAUAAAUGAGAGCGAACAUGUACAAAAGCAAUCUAAGAAACUUCAAGUUCCAAUAAAAGAUGACGAGAAUGACUUAACAGAUACAGAAGAACUCGUAAUGAGUACAAGAAGACGUAGACCACCAAAAUUCAAGCACAUGCAUGAAAGAUUCAUGGCUGAAAAGAACAAAUUGUCGGUUAAAAACGAACCCGCAAAAGAUUUAACUGAUACUGAAGAUGUUGUACUUAGUGAUGGUAAUUCAGAUGAAUUUCACAGCUUAUCGCCUUUAAUUAAUCUACCAUGCGUAGCUCAAGAAGCUUUAACAGACGUGGAAGUAAUUGGUAAUAGUACGGACGAUGAAAAACAUUUUAGAGAGCUAUCUUGUACUCCCGACCAUAUGAGACAGUUGAGCGGAAAUAUGGUGAUGAACAAAGAAGGUUCUGGACCAUUUUCACUGCAAGAGCGCUUACUGGUAAAUAAACCUUUGAAGAUGGUAGGUAAUAUGGCGAUUACUCCAUCUCAUACUGAUACAGAAGACCUAGUAGCUUCAGCUGAUGAGGAUGCGAGCUACUCUAGAGCUGAAACAGCUACUCCUAAUCAGAUACAUAUAGAUUUGGAUCAAAGCAGUAAGAUCGUAUCUGAGAGCAAGAGAAAAUUGGGACCAGAAGGGUGUAUGUAUUUAAAGGGAGGUGGAUAUAUUCACCAGUUAACUGACGUAGAGUACAUUUCAGAAGAGGAGGGUCAUUUUAAUAAUAAAGUUCAACCGGUAUUAGUUGGAAUUACAUCGGAGUGUGAUUUUAAGAUUUCGUUGAAUUUUCGCGAUGGGUCUGCGUGCUUCAAAGGAGAAAGAGGUUGGUAUUUUUGUUACAAUUUUUUGAAUGCAUAA